AUGUAUGACAUCUGUAGAGAUGGUGCUGUCCGGAACGAAGAGGGGCAAUGCUUAACUCAGGAAGGAUGGAGCCACUACUGCUCAGACAAGGUACUGCAAGUUAUGUCUUAACACAAGUCAGCCAGUUCCCACUGAAUGGCUGUGAGUAAUGCUUGGGGUUGUUUUUUUAAAAGUCUAAAUUCUCUUGCUUCGUUUUGGGUAACUGAUCUUUCCAGCUUUGCCCAUUUCCAGUCAGUUUCCCUUCAUCUGAAGUUUCUUAAGCAACCGUGCCCUCAGUUUCGGUAGAUUUCCCAAGCGCCAAGCUUGCCAACUGCCAAAGGACACAGCCAUUGCUCAUGGUAAAUUCUGCUGGUGCUGCGGCUUCUCAGUCACAACAAUAUUACAAAACCUGAAGUGCCAAACAGCUUGGAUCUAAGGUCUAGCAAGGCUUUAGAUUUCAGCUAGGUCGCUGCUCAGGUUUUUCAGGAUUUCCUUAGCUCCUAAUUAGCACCUUUGACAGCAAGCGGAGCUGGACCGGAAUGUACAAAAGAGGAGAGUGUUUCAACUUCCCACCUAAAGAUGAAUUCAAAGCUGAAGCAGCUACUCCCACACUCAUUGUCCUCUGUUCUGAGCACAUCUGUCAAGCAGCAGCUCAUUUUUCAGAAUCUUGAUUUGUGGGUGACAUUUUCGCUCAUGUUUGCAGUGAUGUUUACAGUCAUUUUUCAGAGGACUGACCAGCAGAUCAUCGUUCCAAGUCCUAACCUGCGGGUCAUGUUUUCAGUCCUUUGUAGGCUUCCUGACCCACAGAUCACAUUUUCAGUCCUUUUUUUGGAGUCGUGGGUCACCUUUUUGGCCAGUUUCCAGAGUCCUGACAACCAGAUGCCCAUUACUGAAAGUCCACAAGCAGGAUUUAAGGACAACAGCCCUCUCCCACCUUGUGAUUCUGAGCAGCAGAUAUUCUUCUCAGUGAAGGUAGAAUGUAGCCUUCCAAAGUCAUCCAAGUUGGUGGUCACCAUGACUGCCUCCUGUGGAAGUGAAUUCUGUAGUUUAAUUUUGCACUGUGUAAAUAUACCCUUUCUUUUGUCUCCCCCAAAUCUUCCAGCAUUCAGCUUCAUUGGAUCAGUCCCACUGAGUGCCAGCCCUUACGUUCAUCUCACUUUCUCUACUAGGUUUGUGCUCUCCCCAAAGCUUAUCAGGGAUAUGACAAAGUUCUUGGCCUCUGCCUUUGCCAAGCGGACAACCUGGACAGUCUGUGCAACCGCCUGUGCCGAAGACGACAAAGGAGAAUUUUCCAAUUUGUCAGUGAAAAAGAAUCGGCCCGAUUUUCUUUGGCCUUCAGAAACGGGAGCCAGGUAAAAAACAAAAAGAACCAGAACUCAUCAGCAGAAGUGUAACAGGCUAGGCUCACGCGGGGUUAAAGACCCUUGGCUAUUUCUGCUAACAGGUUGCCAGCAGGGUCCCUGUCUCUGGUGAAAUAGAGCUGCCCAAUCAGCAUGAAAGGGGAGAGUUAUUAGCCACUGAGAAUAAUAAUAAUAAUAAAUAAUACAUUUUUAUUUAUACCCUGCCCUUCCCGGUUCAGAAAACUGGGCUCAGGGUGGCUAACAUCAAAUUUAAAACACCUAAUUGCUGCAACAAAAAAACAGCAUAAAAUACAGUAUAAAAUGUGAAUAACAAUAAAUUCAGAAUUCAAAAAUCAAUUUGGGCAGAAAUCCAUCCAAUAAACAUUUGAUGAUCACCAGGGCUAGCUGGCUAAAUUAGUCCUAUUUGGGCCAGCGAGGAGACCAGGGGAGAAUUAGCUGUGGGAUCCAGAGCGGGUAAUCUUCAUAAAAAAGGGAGGGGGAGGGAAGGAAGGGGAAUAAAAGAUCAGGCUAAGUUCAAAUUGAAAGCCAGGCGGAAUAGCUCUGUCUUACAGGCCCUGUGGAAGGAAGUUAAAUCCUGCAGGGCCCUGGUCUCAUGGGACAGAGCAUUCCACCAGGUCGGAGCCAUCACUAGAAGACCCUGGUGGAGGAUAACCUGACUUCCUUAGGGCCCAGGAAGAGGGCAUCCCUCCCUUUGUGCUGAUUGGAGCCAAUCAGAGUGAAAGGCAGUGAGUCAGCCACUGAGGAUUGGUUCCUAGGGUCACUCUGGAGAAGGCACUCAGGAAGAACAAGGAGGAAUUGUUCUUUAUGCUCCAAAGCUCAGCAUUUGGGAACAGGGAAAACACAAGAUGCUACAGUUUCAAGAGAAUGGUGUGCAAGUUUUGUUUCAUACAAUGGAACUUGGAGGAAAACACAAUUUAAAUCACUCCCAAAAAAAGGAUACUGGAGCAUUCUGAAUCAUGCGCACAGAAAAUAAUAGAAGUAGCUGAAAGGCAACAUGUGAAGAUCUGUAUUGAUUGUUGCAAUGCACUCCUCAUUAUUAUUAUUGCGUUAGGUUAUUGCAUAAUCUUAGAUUUAUAAUCUUAGAAGGGGGUGUGGAUGCAAGGAAGCAUAGCCAUGACUAUUAUGGAGUGAUCCUGCACUUCUGAAUUUGUCAGUACAUUGCUGAUCAUAAGCAACUUGUUUUGUUGGGAAGCUGCAUUGACAAGGCAGGUGUGGGGUGGGUUAGUAGGCCAACAUCCUCCCACCUGCCUUCCCAAUGGUCUUGUUGCUAAGGCUGUGUGCAGACUCUUGUUUGCACUGCACCCAAUGCGCUCUCAUCGUGGAACUGAGAAGAGAUGCACAAACAACACUAGCCACAGUCCAUAUCUAUUCUGUCAUUUCUUAGGAAACACUGUGUUCUGAUGCACUUUCCCUCAAACCAACGUCAACAUGAACUGAGAAAAAGAGUGACCUAGUUGUGGCUUUAUAGCAGUAAUGUGCAAACAGCCUUUGUCUCUCUGCCACUGAUGCUGCUUGGUUGCAACCCUGCUUUUCAUUGGGGUGAAGCGUCAAUGGCACUCAGGCCAGAUCAAGACUUUCCACUGCCUGAAGCCAACAACAAGAUAGCACCCCAUCCCACAUCCAGGUGAACCAGCAAAGUCCAAUAGCAACCAGAGGACCACAACUUAUGCAGCCCUAAUGUAGAGGUUCCUUUUGGCACCCCUGCAUAUUGUUGCAAAAUGUACUUUAGCUUUAGCCAGUUCCAUUGUGUACAUCCAAACUGAUGGCCCAUCAGUGCAAAUACUGGCAGGAUGUGAAGCCUGGGCUCUGAAGACUUCUCCUCUCAAUUCUUUAUAGCUUGACGUUUUAUUGGAAGAGAUAAGAGCGUCGCUGCAGCUGUUAGAUUUCCACACGCUAAAUGGGUGCACCUCAGAGGAGAACAAGAAAUCGUGUCCUGUAUACGUGGUAAAAACAAGUGGUAAGGGACAAGUUCUGUCCUUUUGAUUUAUGGAUUGCAUUUAUAACGCCUUUUCCCUCCAAAUAGCUCAAGGUAGCGUACCUGGCGACGCGGGUGGCGCUGUGGGUUAAACCACAGAGCCUAGGACUUGCUGAUCAGAAGGUCGGUGGUUUGAAUCUCCAUGACGGGGUGAGCUCCCAUUGCUCGGUCCCUGCUCCUGCCAACCUAGCAGUUCGAAAGCACGUCAAAGUGCAAGUAGAUAAAUAGGUACCACUCCAGCAGGAAGGUAAACAGCGUUUCCGUGCGCUGCUCUGGUUCGCCAGAAGCAGCUUAGUCAUGCUGGCCACAUGACCUGUACACCGGCUCCCUCGGCCAAUAAAGCGAGAUGAGUGCCGCAACCCCAGAGUCGGUCACGACUGGACCUAAAGGUCAGUGGUAACUUUAGCGUACCUGGCUCCAUCCACCCUCUCCAUUUUAUCUUCAGAACAACCCUGUGAGUUAGGCUGCACUGAGAGACAGUGAUCAGCUCAAGGUCACCUAGUGAUCUUUAUGACAGGGGAAAUUUGAACUCAGGUCUCCCAAAUUCUAGUUGGAUGCUGGAAUGACAGCAUCACACCCGAUCUCUCUCUUAAUCCUGUUUGAUUAAUAUUCUGCCUUCCCUAAUAUUACUCUGUGUGUGCGUUGUGCAUUUUCCUGUUUCCUCUGUUUCCUGACAGCAUAGCAGAAGACUGAUUUAAGCGCACAAUUUAGAUAUGUCUGUCAUUACCUAAAGAAACUCCACUGCUGUUUUUGGCUUGUACAAAUAACCGUAUUUGGCUUGGUGUUUGAUUUCUACAGACAAAUGUGGUAAAUCAAAAGCAAUUCAUUUGCCAGUUGGCCUCGAAGCUCCAGAGAUAAAGUGAUUGUGUUUUAUUUAUUUAAAAACAUUUUUAGACUGCUCGUCUUGCAAAGCAGAUCUAGAGAGUGGGUUCGAAGUAAAGUGUAGUAAGAACAAACAUAGACAAGAACAAAAAAAAGAAAAGAAAAAGAUGAACGACAAUUACUUAGGGGAGAGUUCUCAUUGAAAGUCAAAACGACUUCAUACUUUCCAAAACAACACAAGAACCAAAACACAGCCCAUUCUUCAAAAUUCACACUUUUAUAAAUAUUGCAGUGCAGGUGUCCAGCCAAGCGGUAUGUACAAAAAUACAUAUAUGGUGACAAAAUGUCCAUAAAAAUGCAUAUAUUGGUGAAAAUAACAUAUACGAAAAUGCAUUGUUUUAAUGGAAAUUGUUCUGCAAAAACAUAUAACACAAAAUUGCAUACAAAUGUUCAUAUUAGGAGGAAAUUGUUAAGUUGUGGGUGAACAUAUCAGAUGACACAGCAAUUCUUCAAACAGCUCUUGUUUAUUCACAGGCCAGGAUAGAACUGAACUGAAGGGUUCAGUCAGCCUGCUUAUAUAGAGUUCCAGUACAACGCUACUAUAACAACUUUCUAAAACUAUCCAAUCACUGAACGUCACUUUCGAUCCCUUAUUUGCAUAACUAUCUACAGUAUCCCCCUGCUGGCCCAGGGUGAGAACUUCAGCACAUAACAGAAAUUAUAUUAAAAUGCAAACUGGUGUGGAAAUGUGAAGUGCUGAGAUACCAGGGGUUGAACCUUCUGCAUGCCAAGCAGCACUCCUCCAUUGCAUUAAAUGUCUUGCAAUGAAAUAUCCUUUUGCCAGGCUUACCCUGGCCCUUCAGAUCAGACCCUGUUGUUGUUUUAUUAUUAUUUGUUUGAAUUAUCUGAAUUGCUUUUAUACUGCCGCUUUUACUGGCUUCAUGUUGUAUUUUUGUUUUAAUUAUAUUUUAAAUUGAUUUUAAGUUGCACACUGCUCAGAGAUUAUUUUUCUUUAAAAUUAAGCGGUUGAUUAAUACUUUAAGAACAAACUAAAUAACAAGUCCGCUCACCUCUCUUGGUGUGGCAGCAUUGCUGGACGGAAGAGGUUUCACUGGGGUACCGACGGUGGAAUUUAAACGGCAGUGUCCUUCCUGAUAGGCGGUGAGGGCAUAAGCCCCCGCCACCUAUCAGAAGCCAGAUCCUAGCCUGCACCCUGUAUUGGCCAAUGGGGAUGCAGGCUGGGACGUGGGCGGAGCCAGGGGCGGAGCCGAUGGUGGGCUUCCCUCAAGGUUGUAGUCCCCGCCUGCCCCUCCAAACAUUGGGGUAUCCUGUUAAAGCAGCAUUUCUCAACCUGUAGAUCCCCAGAUGUUGUUGAACUACAACUCCCAUCACCCCUAGCUAGCAAGGCCAGAGCUCAGGGAUGAUGGGAGUUGUAGUCCAACAACAUCUGGGGACCCACAGGUUGAGAAACGCUGUGUUAAAGGGAUCUAGGGGGAGUGUCCAUGUCUGCGUACCCAGGGGGGCCAGGGCUGAAGGCUCUCCCCCAGAUGGCAGUCCCUGCGGGGGUCACCCUAUUGGGUGUAAGUCUUAGGAACCCCCGCCUGGAUUGACCACACGUCACUUUCAGCUGGUGGGCCGGAAGUAUUUAGAUUGCUUCAUGCCCAAGCCAGACUUCUUUCAUCUGUACAGUGGUACCUUCGUUCUCAAACUUAAUCCGUUCCGGAAGUCUGUUCCAAAACCAAAGUGCCCCAAAACCAAGACGCCCUUUCCCAUAGAAAGUAAUGCAAAACAGAUUAAUCCAUUCCAGACUUUUAAAAACAACCCCUAAAACAGCAAUUUAACAUGCAUUUUACUAUCUGAUGAGACCAUUGAUCCAUAAAAUGAAAGCAAUAAUCAAUGUACUGUACUAUAAAAUAAAUAAAACAGUAUUGUAGAUGAUGAAAAUUAAAAUUAUUAUUUUUUCUUACCUGCACUGAUGAUAGUCAUUGUUUGGCUUUUAUCCAUUUCCACAGUAGCACGAUCAAUCAAUCAGUAGCUGAACUGGGUUCCACAUAGUCACAAAAACAAAUUAACCGAAAAAGCCUCAAAAACAAAAACGCAAAAUAAAUCGCAAAAACAGAAGUGCCAAACUUAAUCUAUUCCGCAAUUCCGUUUGACUUCCAAAAUGUUCAAAAACCAAGGCACAGUUUCUGAUUGGUGCAGACACCCCAGAAACAAUAGCCAACAGCCGCAUCAGAUGUUCGGCUUCCAAAAAACGUUCGAAAACCGGAACACUUACUUCUGGGUUUUCGGCAUUUGAGAACCAAGGCGUUUGAGUACCAGGGCAUUUGAGAAGCAAAGUACCACUAUAUUCAAUGAAGUUGUGGCCUGUUUUUACCCAAAACCCAGUCUUAUUGGUCUCUUAUUUAUAUGGGUUUGAGUAUGGGAAGUCCAAUGCCUGGUCAUGCAAGUAAAUAUGCAAAGAAGUUUGUUGCUGCAUUGGAAAUUGUGGAUACAAACAAACCUGGAUGACUGCAGAUCACCUAGAAGAAAUCUAGGCAGAGAGAGCAGGCCUAUGACCUUUGGUUUAUUUGGUUUUUUUCAAUGUCAUUACAGGAAGAGGAUUCCUGGGGGUGUACUAUCCUGAACCAGAGCUCCUACACUACUUCCUUACCUCAAAUGCGGUUCUAUUAGACUCCCAAAAUAGAUUGCGCUCCAUGACAGCUACAGGUAUUAUAUACUGUGCUUUUUUUUCUGGUAGUACUCAACAGUAUGCUUGUACACCACCCAGUUGGAAUUGCCUGUUGACACAAGCAUGAGCCCACACAAGCGCUGAGCAGAUUCCUAAAGCUCUUUUCAUGUGCAAAUCUUCAGUUGUAUGCAGAUCCUGCUUCACUUGGUUUUUAUGUUCACACAGGGACAUCUAGAGAAGAAGAUUUUGCAUUUUACAAGUCCUGGCCCCAGCAACCUUCUGAUUCUACACUGAAAAUGACGUUCAGUGGCAUCCUCAACCCUACUACAUGCCUCAAGAUUCACGAUAUUGUCAUGUUCAUUGUUUCUAAAGAUCAUUAUCCAGUUUAUGAUGUGUAAGUAAGCAUUGUGGUGGGGAGGCCUCGUUCGUGCAUUCUGAACAACGUGCAAACCGAAACACAGCCAUUCUUUGAAAUUCACACUGAAUUUUGCAAUGCAGUUCUCCAGUCAAAUAAUGUGUACAGUGGUACCUCGGGUUACAUACACUUCAGGUUACAUGCGCUUCAGGUUACAGAAUCCACUAACCCAAAAAUAGUACCUCAGGUUAAGAACUUUGCUUCAGGAUGAGAACAGAAAUCGUGCUCUGGCGGCACGGCACAGCGUCAGCAGGAGGCCCCAUUAGCUAAAGUGGUGCUUCAGGUUAAGAACAGUUUCAGGUUAAGAACGGACCUCUGGAACGAAUUAAGUACUUAACCCAAGGUACCACUGUACAAAAAUGGGUCUACUAGCAUAAAGGGUGCAUACAAAUACAUAUUACUAAUGAAAGGAACGUACAAAAAUUGCCUCAAAAUGUAUUUAUUUCAUAAAAUUUAUAUACAGCUGGAUUGUAAACAACAACAACAAACUCAAAGCAGAAGAACAAAACAAUGCAAUUAUCAGUUAAAAACAACUAUAUAAAACAUUCAAAAACAAUUAAAAUCCAUGCUAAGCUAAAAACCAGAUCAGAGUGUGAUGCUGAUAAUGCCAAGGUUGCUGGUUCGAUCCCCAUGUGAGAAAACUGCAUAUUCCUAUAUUUCAGGGGGUUGGACUAGAUGAUCCUAAGAGUCCCUUCCAACUCUACAAUUCUAUGAUCAUCAUUCUACAGGUCUGAACAGGCUUGACUAAACAAAUAUAUUUUUAUUGGGUGCCUGCCUCAUGUCAAUAAGGGAGUUCUGAAGUAUGGGUGCUCCCACAGAGUUAGCCAUGGGGAAACUUACUUGCACAGUUAAAUAUACUCCCAUGGAGAAGUUAAAGCAGAUGUUUUGCUGAGAUGGCGCUUGGAUGGUAAAUGUACAUUUUUCCAUCAGAAGAUCCCUGCUGGAUUACAUCAAAGGCCUAUCUAGCUCUGCAUCCUGUUUCACAAUCAGCUUCAUCGUAUGACCCCCAGUUCCACGAUUAUGCAUGGCAAAUAAAAACGGCUACCCACUUUCUUAACUCCGUGCAUCAUUUGUAAUGGCACCCUCACCCCAUCCCCGGACUUCCUUUUUUCUAAACUAGAAAGUCCCAGAUAUUUUAACCAUUACUCAUAUGGAAGUUGUUCCACACACCUGAUCAUUUUGGUUGCCAUUUUCUGAGCAGGUAAUUAUCAACACAAAUAUUGUCAACACAGAAUGUCCUUCUGUUUCCUGUGAUCGGUAAAACUGAUAUAAAUGGAUAGCAGCUUCCCUAAUACGUAAAUUCUGUUUAAUCUUGCAUCGCUGUCCUGUCUGUCGCGCGGAGGACGGAAGCACAGUUAAAACUGCAAGUACCAUUUUUGGAAUCGAGAUAAUUUGGGCAGCCAACAUGUUUCUCUUGUGUCUUUCCUUAGCAACAGCCUGUACAAUACAAACCACGAGUUUGACUGGGGAGGUUUCCGCAGCCUAGCAGAAGAAGCUAAGUUGGCCUCAGGCUCCGACAACUUCCUGCUCUUCUUUUACCAGUUCCAUGAUCCCGGAACUUAUGUCUUGAGGCUAAGUAGCAACCAGCACAAAAGAAUGGUUUGUUUCAGGUCCUGGCAUGUUUGCUUACAAAAGAGAGUUUCCAGUGAGGUGCAUUCAUUAGUCUGAUAAACAUUUGCAAUGGGUGGUGUGUCUCAUCUGUGGGAGGGAUGGGUCAUUGGUUCAGCAGCUUAAUCCUUAGUUUACAUAACUUUUGGGCCACCUUUCAAUAUAAAACUCGUGGCACAGAUCAUAAAAGAAAACAGCAGAACUACAAAAGCAAAUAUCAGAGCACAGAAACAGCGGCCCAUCAAACUAACAAAGUCUAGCCCAACUCCGCCAUAAAACUAAAAAGAAGCUCUAGAACAGGCUGAGACACAUGGGUAAAUUUUUAGAAGGAUCUGCUUGGCACCAAAACAAUAGGAUGAGCACUAGGGAAACUUCCUGAGGGGCUACAACCACAAAGGUCCUUUCUGCCAUCAUCACCCUCCCAAUGGCCUCAGUCCAGUAGACCUGAAGGAGGGUCUCCACCCCCAUCGUUCUGCCCGGACACUGAGGUCCAGUGCCGAGGGCCUUCUGGCGGUUCCCUUGCUGCGAGAAGCCAAGUUACAGGGAACCAGGCAGAGGGCCUUCUCGAUAGUGGCACCCACCCUGUGGAACGCCCUCCCACCAGAUGUCAAAGAGGAAAACAACUACCAGACUUUUAGAAGACAUCUGAAGGCAGCCCUGUUUAGGGAAGCUUUUAAUAUUUAACAGACUAUUGUAUUUUAAUAUUCUGUUGAAAGCCGCCCAGAGUGGCUGAGGAAACCCAGCUAGAUGGGCGGGGUAUAAAUAAUAAAAUUAUUAUUUAUUAUUAUUUACAUCAGAUGAGGGACGUGGGUGGCGCUGUGGGUUAAACCACAGAGCCUAGGACUUGCUGAUCAGAAGGUCUGCGGUUCGAAUCCCCGUGACGGGGUGAGCUCCCGUUGCUCAGUCCCUGCUCCUGCCAACCUAGCAGUUCGAAAGCACGUCAAAGUGCAAGUAGAUAAAUAGGUACCACUCCGGUGGGAAGGUAAACGGCGUUUCCAUGCGCUGCUCUGGUUCGCCAGAAGCGGCUUAGUCAUGCUGGCCACAUGACACGGAAGCUGUACGCCGGCUCCCUCGGCUAAUAAAGCGAGAUGAGCGCCGCAACCCCAGAGUCGUCCACGACUGGACCUAAUGGUCAGGGGCCCCUUUACUUACAUCAGAUGAAGGGGAGGGACCCAGAAGACUAUCCUCAUAUGAGGAUCCAGGCUGCUUUGCAAAGAAGGAGGCAACCCUCCAAGUAGCCAGGUCUGUAUUUUAGUGAUUCCAUUCUCCACCUUCCCUGGAGGUGGGGAAAUCAUUUUUCAGGCCAAGGGUGAGAUUCCAGAGGUGGGGCAACAUGCCAGUAGUAGAAAGGGCUAGAGGCAAAAUAGGUGUGGCUAGAAGCAAAAUGUGGGCAAGGCCUGCGACUCUUGCUUUUGCACAGCAGCCCACAUUCCAGCAAACCUUGUGCUCCGUUUGGACCAAUGGCCUCAGCAGGACAUGAGAGGUCAGUAGUACCAUGGACAGCUCCAUGCAUGACUCAGGCUGGAGACUCCAACAGAGCAGAGAUCAAAUGUUGCUUCAGCACCAGCCAACCUACCAGACAAGUAGAAGCUGCAGCUCUUGUCUAUGUCUGUCUUUGGUGAGAGACGCCUACUCAUUUUAAGGGGUACAGCCUGGCUCCGAAUGAGUGGAACUAGGGCAGGCAUGAGGAACCUUUUUCAGACUGAGGGUCAUCUACCCUUCUGUGCAACCUCCCAGGGGCCACAUGCAUAUACAAUGUGUGGAUUUGUGAACAUGUAUGUAAGAAAUAGGGAUGCAGGUGGCGCUGUGGGUUAAACCACAGAGCCUAGGACUUGCCGAUCAAAAGGUCGGCAGUUCGAAUCCCCGCGAUGGGGUGAGCUCCCAUUGCUCGGUCCCUGCUCCUGCCAACCUAGCAGUUCGAAAGCACAAAGUGCAAGUAGAUAAAUAGGUACCACUCUGGUGGGAAGGUAAACGGCGUUUCCGUGCGCUGCUUUGGUUUGCCAGAAGCGGCUUAGUCAUGCUGGCCACAUGACCCGGAAGCUGUAUGCCGGCUCCCUCGGCCAAUAAAGUGAGAUGAGUGCCGCAACCCCACACGACUGGGCCUAAUGGUCAGGGGUCCCUUUACCUUUACCUUUAUGUAAGAAGUGCGUUGAAGUGGGGGUCCAGCUAUGGAACUGGUCAUCUCAUCUUAGGACCAAACAAGAUGUGGUGUUAAAUACAUCUUUGCAUUUAUUGUGCAGCGUCUUGGCUGUUUGUUUGUUUGUUUGUUUGUUUGUUUGUUUGUUUGUUUCAUUUUAAGAGGAAAUUAUAUCAUGCCCAAUAAUUACUGGAAUCCCAGCAGGUGUGGAAGGGGGAAAUUAACCCCUUCUCUCCCCUGCUGAGGUCCUGAAGAAAAUAAUUCCUUUAAAACCGGUAACUGAAUUGGGAAGAAAUCCGCCAGUUUGUACUGCCCCUCCCCUCCAUACAAAAUAAAUUCCAGCGGGGGGGGGAGUAUUUUCCUCAGCAUCCUAGCAGGGAGGCAAGGUUAAGUUUCCACUCCAGACUUGGUGGGAUCUGAAAUAAUUAUCGCACAGACCUAGUUUAUUAAGUUUCCAUUUAAUAAUCCCCCCCAAAAAACUCUUCCUGGUAAAUGCAAGUAUGUGGGGGGGGGACGACAGGAUUUAUAUGAUGUUUAAAAAUCAAAACCUCUUAGAGGUUUACAUUAAAAUUACCCAUGAUAAAUCAGAUAUCAAAGCAAGCUAGCUGAAAAAAAAUCACAAUGAAAUCAGCGGUCUUGAAGCUAAAUGUUACAAAACACAAUUACAUGAUGUAUACAUCUCAUCUGGUCCUUACAGACUUCCCUUUCUGCGUUUGUGGCUAUGUGUGAAUCUUCCUCCUUUGUGCCUCUGACCUGGGUUCCCUGUGUCUAUCUGUUCCUUUCCCGAAGUAUGUCAGAGUCAUGCCGUAUGGUGGGCAGUGUUACGACGAGGGUCCCUUCUUCCCAACAACUCCCAGACACAUGGUGCAAGUGGGGGUUGCCAGGAUCCCAGACCUUAUUCUGAAACCUGACUGGCGAGCAAUUAUUGGGAUUAUAUUCGGAGUCGUCUUUCUCCUCAUUGUUUGCCUGCUACUGAUUGUGAGUAAAUGAAAGACAAGGGGAGGCAACUACCCCCUAAUUUUGUGCAUUUGUAGGCCUUAUUCACACAUUACACUGACCACAGGUGCAAGCUGUCUCUAUACAUGUACAAGUCUUUGUGAGAAAGAGUGAACACUUGCUGAUUUGUACAGCACAGUUAUUGUAUACACAGGUACACAGAUUGUACACUUGUUGAAUGUAAUGUGUGAACUGUGUGUGUGUGUGUGUGUGUGUGUGUGUGUGGUUUUUUCCCCCCCUGGGAAUGUGGAAAUGUCCCUGCUUCCUGUAAGUACUUUUCUCAUGAAUUUUUCAGACUUUUUGCCAAACCUUUGGCCUGUCCAGGAAAGGAAGCCCUUCCCCAUGGUUCCGAAGAUUACAGCUGAAAUAUAAUAUAGACAAAUAUUCCUCCAAAGAAUCCACAGUCCUUACCCUCAGAAAAUAUCACCCAGGAAUGCAGCAAGCAGGCAGUUUGGAAAAGAACUUCAGCCACAUGGAGAAAAGAGAAGGUAUGAAUUAUCUUUUACAGUAUAUGAUACAGACACUGCACAUAAAUAAAGAACCAAAUCGUGUUUGAUGGGUGCAUCCAUGGAGGACUGCUUCUUCAUGAGAGGUACCAUAAAAUCCUUUCCUUACUGCCAACUAACCUUUGGAUUAAUUUAGAUUUGGGGUCUGUGGGACUCUGGCCCUCCACAUGCACUACAGAGCCCAUCAUCCCUUACUAUUGACCAUGGUGGUUGGAGCCAAUGGGAGUUGGAGUCCUCCAGCAACAAUUGGAGGGUCACAGGUUACUUACCCUGCCUUGAUAAAUAUUGGUUUGCACUCGGAGGGGAGGGAUAUUGUGUUAAGGCAUGGAGGAUGCUGUUGCAAAUGCUACCCCAGAAUCCGUGUGAUUUUCUUCUUCGCAUAAUACAGAAUGAACUUCAACUUGUGGUGCCUUCCAAAUGUUGCUGGACUACAAACUCCAUCAUGCUGGCUAAUUGAAUGAUAAGAGUUGUUGCUCAACAUCAGAAGGGCCACAGGAUCAUCCCUGUCGCAGGGGAUCUGCUGAGCUCAUAUCAGUGUGAUCAAUUGACUAGGUUGUUGUUGUUGUUGUUGUUGUUGUUGUUAAGAAACAAGGGAUACCUACAUUCAAAUCCCACUACAGUCAAGAAUGGCUUCAGGGUUUGUUUUGUUUUGUUUUGUUCAAAAAUUUAUAUUAGUUUUCCAAAUUUAUAAAAAACAUAAAAGAAAAACAUUACCUUACAAUAAAAAAAGAAAACAGACAAACAUUUAUCCUAACUGUUAAAAUCCCAAUUUUGUUAUCAUUGUUAGAUGACUUCCUCAAAUCCCGCUAGCUAAGUUUCUAUAUAACUCAUUGUAGCAGUUUUCCAAUACUACUUUCAAAUGAGAUUAACUUAAUCAAUUAACAUCUUUCUUUCUUUUCAUAUUGUCUUCUAUCCAUAAUGUUAUACAAUUUAACAUAUUUAACUCCUAGGCCACUUUGGUACUUACAGGUAGUUUUACUUAUAUUAUCAUAGAAUAUUUAACUACCGGUAAAUAGUCCUUAAAUUUCUUCCAUUCUUCUUGAUACUCCUCCUCUUUCUGUUCGCGGAUUCUUCCAGUCAGGUCAGCCAGCUCCAAAAAGUCCAUCAUCUUCAUCUGCCAUUCCUCCACUGUUGGUAUUUCUUGUAGUUUCCAGUUUUUAGUAACAAAAUUCUCAGUGUUUUGUUUUUAACACAAGUCACUAUGCUUCGGCCUCAGUUUUCUGUCUGUAGAAUGGGAAUACAGUAGUAUUCUACCUUACAGCCCAGUCUAACAAUGCUUACCAGUGGAUGGAACUUAUCCAAGCAAGUAUGUUAGCAAUAAUUAGUAUAUAUUAUGAAUGUAUUGAGCAGGAUAUUGUUGCUGUGCUCCUCUACUCUCCUUAACACACACGCCACCUUCACAUUCCUCUGUUAUUAUUACUGUAGCCAUGAUUAUUAUUAUUACUAUUGCUGUUUGUGCUAAUAUUGCAGCACUCAUUUUACCUCUCUUCCUAGGCAAGUGUGAAAUAUGGGACACGGAAGAACAAAUAGAUCUGGACUCAUUCAAUACCAACGCCUUCUUUGAAAUCCUGGUCGCGCAGUCUCUGGCAGUUACAGCCAAACUGAGCCAGUUUAAGGAAGAGGUGCCUAGUGGUUGUUUCCUCUGUUUGGAUUUUCACCAGCUGAGCUGGUUUUAGAAGUCAUUGUCGGGGGUUGGCAUCGUGGAAGCAGGAGGGUGGCUCUGCAAGGAGGGAAGCAAGAACAGGCAGUGUGUGAAGAGCUCAGCCUUCACCUGAGGGACUUAGAAGAGCAACAUCUUCUAAGCGACAUCUGGUGUUGCAUGUUUAUAACGCAUUCAAAACGCUGGGUUUUUUUUUUACUAAUGUAGCUGUGUUCUGGGAGUAUUAAAGUUCUAGCACCUUUUAGAAAUCCCUUCUUUGGGGUCUAAGGAGCCAAAGGGUCCUUCCCUUAUUUUAGCACAGGAAUAAGGUAACAACAUAUCCAGAUGUUGAUGGACUCCAACUCCCAUUAGCCCCACACUGCAUCUUCUAUAGGAGUUGUAGUCCCUCAACAUCUGGAGGGCCCCUGGUUUAGCAUAGCACCUGAGCCAUUUUUAAGAGUACUGUUCCCUCUUCCUCAGUUCUUCCUGCUUUAGACUAUUUCUAAUAGAUUGCUAUAACAAUUGCAUAUGUCUUAUAGUUGCAUGCACAGAGAAUAUGGGAGCAUAAAAUGGGAGCCAAGCCCAGCACAACCUGCUCAUUUUGCGUGCUUCCUUUCCCUUUGCAGCUGAAAAUCUUGUACCAUAAACUUCUGGAUGAAGCAGCCAUGCUCAGAGAUCUUUGGCUAGCCAAGCUGUGCAUCCCUGACAGAGCUGAUCCUUAUGAUGAUGUACUGAUGGGGAACUAUGUCAAAGCAAAACAGCAGGUAGAAGACUGGAUAAAUCGAAUACCUCUCCAGAUGAUCAGUUAUUUCUGAUUAAAGCAGGGGUGGCUGAUCUUUCUGGGAUCAAGGGCUGCAUUGACUUGUGGUCAGGAAACAUAGUGUGGGGUUUCUGGGGGGUUGCAAAAAAAAAGUUGUCAUCAACCACAGAAGUUAUUAGCAAUUUAUUUUAUUUUUUUAAAGCAUGCUCUUUGGGCUCCUCCAGACUGGUGAUUUUCAACAUGCCAUUGAUGCAACUGUAGUAUGUUACUGCUGGAUUUAUAAUGGUAGGUACAAAGGUAAAGGACCCCUGGAUGGUUAAGUCCAGUCAAAGACGACUAUGGGGUUGCGGCGCUCAUCUCACUUUCAGGCCGAGGUAGCCGGCUUUUGUCCACAGACAGCUUUCCAUGUCAUGUGGCCAGCAUGAUCUAAACCGCUUCUGGUGCAAUGGAAGACUGCGACAGAAGCCAGAGUGCAUGGAAAUGCCAUUUAUGUUCCCACCACAGCGGUAGAUAUUUAUGUACUUGCACUGGUGUGUUUUUGAACUGCUAGGUUGGCAGGAGCUGGGACUGAGCAACAGGAGCUCACUCUGUCACGGGGAUUUGAACUGCCAACCUUCUGAUCGGCAAGCCCAAGAGGCUCAGUGGUUUAGACCACAGCGCCACCUCUUUAUAAUGGACCAUCCAUAUAUCACUCCACUUUAUUCAUUACUUUGUGAUACUUCCCCAGUGUUACCACAUUAUUGCUGUCUGGAGGCCUGUUCUUGUGCAAUAACCCACCAGUAAUACACUACAGUUGCAUCAGCUUAAGUGGGACAGCAAUAAUAGAGCAAAGAACCUCAUCAGGACCUAGGGAGGAUGGCAGCAGCUACUGGGAAAGGCUGAGCUUGAAUCAGAAGGGAAGGUUACAGGUGAGGUGAGAUGGGACAUCUUCAUCUGGCCCCGAACUUCUUGACCAGCUCCUGAAGUUUUGAUUCCUACAGCCAUGUUUGCUACUAAACCUAUACUGAAUAAAGCUGUCUGUCUUACAAGUAAGAGCCUCUGCCAUCAUGCUAUGCCAGGACAGUGUGAAACAAAAGGAACCGAUUUUGUGGAUGAUGGAAUCCAUGCCAUGAGGGAGAAAUUAUCUGGUUUCAUUUUAAUGGGAACCUACGAAAUUUGUUCUUCCCAACCUACUUGCAAACUGAAAUGCAGGUAUACUUCAAAACAUUCUGUCCUCUAAAGUUUGUGAUGCAGUUCCCCCCCACACACAAAAAAAAUGUUUAUUAAAAAGCACAUACAUUAUAGUAGGGAAAUUUGCUUGCUGAAAUGCGUGAAUCAGGAGAAAUGCAUACAAAAUAUAGCCCUGCUUUCAUCUGAAUUUUUUUUAAAAGAAAAACGAAAAACACACAAACACAUGAGAUGGAAGGAAGAGAUAACCCCAACCAGAGAAGAAUGGCAAAUCAAGUUGAUGGACUAUGCUGAAUGGCAAAACUAACUGGGAAGCUCAGGAAUCAAGAAGACAAGAAAUUUUAAAAAGAAUUGGAAAUGUUUAUAAUGUAUAUGAAAAAUCAUUGUAAACAGGUCAAAACACCAGCAGGAUUUUAAACACACUUGUAAUGUAACAGAACAUAUAGAUAAUUUAGGAAGAUGAAAAACUGGAGAAGUACUGAUAUGCAGUUGAAAAUAGAAUCAAUAGGACCCAUGGAAGGGAUGGGGGAAAGUCAGGAGAUUCAGAGUAAUCUCAGUAAUUAGAUUGGGAAUUGUUUUAGUUGUAGGUUUAUAUUUUGGAAAAUCAAAUAAAAAUCUGUUUCAAAAAAAGAAAAGAAAAAAUGGGGUAAACUGAAGCCUGGAGAAACUGGGAGAAACUGAAAUUGCCUGGUUUGGCCAUCCCAAUUGUGAAUGUGUGGAUUUAAUGUUUCAUUAGGCGGAGGAGGAGAUUCUGCUCCGAAAGCACCUGGCCACAGAAUAUGAAGAAAGCGUGAGCAGGCAGCUCCACUUACUGAGCCAGGACAUGAAACGACGUGAGGAGCACUGGGUGGCAUUUAAUUCUGCUCUGCGGGAAGCCAUAAGGUUGACAGAGGCCCUGGCGGAGGCUCUGUCUUCUGAGGAAGGUCAAGUCUCAGGCUCUAAAUCAGCCCAUCACAGGUAAGGGCCAUUCUUUGCGACAUGUCAAAGCUUCAGUAACAUUAUGACCUGGCUGUGCAUUAAGACUUUAUUUCAGUGUGUACUUAAUGUGAUCUGAGGCAGGGAUGUUGAAUCCUCAGGCCUGCCCCUCCCAGGACCCCCCCCCACUCCUGGCUUCACAUCUCAUGGGCCCUGCUUCACACCCUCCUUGAGUGUUUUUGACUGGCUGGGAUGCACCCUUGAACCCUGAUAAUACCUCUUGCCAGCUUUUCUUACUUAUGGGGAACUGUUUAUAUGCAGACCUGACUUUCCUACCUCAGAGUGGAUACCCUUGUUGUUGUUUAGUCGUUUAGUCGUGUCCGACUCUUCGUGACCCCAUGGACCAGAGCACGCCAGGCACUCCUGUCUUCCACUGCCUCCCGCAGUUUGGUCAAACUCAUGCUGGUAGCUUCGAGAACACUGUCCAACCAUCUUGUCCUCUGUCAUCCCCUUCUCCUUGUGCCCUCCAUCUUUCCCAACAUCAGGGUCUUCCCUUCUCAUGAGGUAGCCAAAGUAUUGGAGCCUCAGCUUCACGAUCUGUCCUUCCAGUGAGUACUCAGGGCUGAUUUCCUUAAGAAUGGAUCAGUUUGGUCUUCUUACAGUCCAUGGGACUCUCAGGAGUCUCCUCCAGCACCAUAAUUCAAAAGCAUCAAUUCUUCGGCGAUCAGCCUUCUUUAUGGUCCAGCUCUCACUUCCAUAGUUGAUACCCUAAGACCAUUUUAUUUCUGCUUUUUGCUUCUUAUCAUGGUGGCUUCAGGUUAUUAAGCCUCAUCGAUGCUGCAAGCAACCAGGUGUCCAGCACUGUCAUACAGGAGACUCGUAGGCUCAUGGCAUGGGGCAUCCUGGGAGAAGGAACGGGAGCUCACCUUGUUAACAGAGAGAGAACCAGGCUACUCACCAAGGCGGAGCUUGUAGGUAAAUGUAAACUCUUAGCUUCCCAGAGGGGUUUUUCUUCAUUGUGCACAUCUGCACAAUAUGUAUGCAUGAUUGAAAUUUGUUUAAUUGUGAUGGCUCCCUCCCCUCCACACGCACACAAAAACGAUUCAUGGGAAGAGUUGUUCUGUGCAGGUAGAGAAUUUGUUGUCAGAUAUCCCAGCCCAAUGAUGGAGAACUUGUGGCUAUCCAUCUGUGGACUCCAACUCAACCAGCCCAAGCCAGCAUGGCCAGUGGUCAGGAAUGGUGGGAGUUGGAGUCCAACAAAAUCCAGAGGGUUACCCAUCCCUUGGAUCAGGCACCUCCAAACUCGGUCCUCCAGCUGUUUUGGGACUACAACUCCCAUCAUCCCUAGCUAACAGGACCAGUGGUCAGGGAUGAUGGGAACUGUAGUCUGGAAAACAGCUGGAGGGCCACGUUUGGGGAUGCCUGCCUUAGAUGAACUACAGUUGCCAGGAAUGCCUGAGGGGCAGCCCCGUCUCUUAAGCAAGUAUCCUUUGCAGAAAGUUACUCAGCUGCACCAUUGAGUCUGUGUGUAUCUUUCCAUUGCUCUUCCAGGAUCAGAUGGCUCUGUGAAGGCGCACGAUGUCCUGCACCAGGAUGCUACCACUGGACUGAUAAUGCCCAGCCAUGGUGCUGUCAUGCUGCUGGCCAAUCAGUCCAUGGAGCCUGUAUCUGCCCACCACUUCCUGCACCCUGACACAGGAAGAUUGCUCCCGAUAGCUGGGAAUGUUGGCUUCGACCCAGUCAACUCUAAGCUGAUCCCUGUGGUUGAUUUAGCACCUGGUAAGAGCCACGGUUCUUCUAUAACUCCAUUAAUCGGCCCUAUGUGGAGGUGCUAGCUUGCGUACUGUUGCUGAACCACCAUCACAUUGUAACCUGUAACCAAUCAUGAACUGGUGGUUGCGCAACCCAUGCACCUAGAGCUGCCAUAUGUAGAGGAAGAUCAUUGGACCAUCUGCUCUGAGUUACACCGUUUCCCCAAAGAUUUAGAUGGGGAUCUUUCCACCCAAGGUCCUGUCCUGUCUCCAGCUGGGGGCACAGAGUCCAGGUACACCAAGCCACAUACCUACCAGCAUCAGCCUGAGAUCUAGGAAGCAAAGUCAGCUCAAACAAAGGGCAUGUUGCAGCAAUGGCAGGUCAGGCAAAGCAGAAAGUAAGUUCAGAUCAGCAAUGGCAGGCAAAGCAGAGGUCAGCAUCCACAUGUAGCUGAUUGGAAAGGUUCUGCCUACUUUUGCCUCUGACUCCACCCACCAGUGGCACAUGGCCCCCUAAAAGGUUGCACAGAGGGAAAUGAGAAUUGUUACUCCCCAUCCCCCAGUCUAGGCUGUGGGAAUGUUAAGGAUUGUAGGAAAGGAUAUAUUGAAUAAAUAGUAUCCUUCCUUGUCUCGCAUUAGUGAGUGAUGUAGCAAAGCAAAUUCCCCUUAAUAUAGCUGGAAGCUAAUUUGCAGAUUUAUUUCAAUCUCUUGUUUUUGUUUAGUCGUUUAGUCGUGUCCGACCCUUCGUGACCCCAUGGACCAGAACACGCCAGGCACUUCUGUCUUCCACUGUCUCCCGCAGUUUGGUCAAACUCAUGUUAGUAGCUUCGAGAACACUGUCCAACCAUCUCAUCCUCUGUCGUCCCCUUCUCCUAGUGCCCUCCAUCUUUCCCAACAUCAGGGUCUUUUCCAGGGAGUCUUCUCUUCUCAUGAGGUGGCCAAAGUAUUGGAGCCUCAGCUUCAGGAUCUGUCCUUCCAGUGAGCACUCAGGGCUGAUUUCCUUCAGAAUGGAUAGGUUUGAUGUUCUUGCAGUCCAUGGGACUCUCAAGAGUCUCCUCCAGCACCAUAAUUCAAAAGCAUCAAUUCUUUGGCGAUCAGCCUUCUUUAUGGUCCAGCUCUCACUUCCAUACAUCACUACUGGGAAAACCAUAGCUUUAACUAUAUGGACCUUUGUUGGCAAGGUGAUGUCUCUGCUUUUUAAGAUGCUGUCUAGGUUUGUCAUUGCUCUUAGUUAAGAUUAUUUCCUGGUGUCCUGGUGUUCCUCUUCAAUCUCUUAGUUAAGGUUAUUUCCUGGUGUCCCCUUUUAUAGCUCCUAAAAGAAUAAAGACACGAAAGUCUUUCUGAGUAAAGUAACAAAACGUUUACUCACAUUUCAGUUCACUUUAUGAUCCCUGAAAGGCAGGCUUUUCUUAGUAGUUACAUAAGAGACUGUGAGUUCAUCUCAUAUGGAGAUUGAACUCAUGUGCUGCUGGCUGAGAGCCAGCAGACAGCAAAAUUACAUUAAGACAACAAAAUGGCUGCAGGAGAGCAGCAUGGCAGCAAAAGAUAGAACAAGACAACAUUGGAACAAGACAACUUCAAGACUAGACUGUGACUGAGAAAAAGGCUGCGUGAAUCAGCUCUUUUAUGGAGUCAGCCAGGGCCACGCCCAUCUCCCAGGUCACAUGCAGGGGGAGGAAGCUCCACACCAGUGGAACAGAAAGCUACACUGACUGGAUGUCCCCUGGCUGUGCCCACUCUAGGGAAAUAAGGAAUGUCGCAUUUGACUGCAUCAGUGGAUUAUAUCCCACAUAGACUGUAACCACCUUUGGUUUCUCUGCUUAGGGGAGAUUCGUCACUCGGAAGUUCCCAUCUUGCCCUAUGUCCCAUAUCCCGUGUGUCUCCACUCUGGCCUACCAGUGAAGACUCGCCUGCCAGUCCUACAGCCUGAGAAAGUGUUUAAAUUGGGAGGCCUCAUGCAAGACCCAGCGACGGGGAUCGAGGUGCCAAUACUUGCCGUUACCAUUCACCCCAAAACUGGCCAGAAGCUGUCUUUGGGUGGGACAUACCUGAAUCCUCUAACAGGAACAGUGACGCCUCUUGAAUUGGGGGGGCCUAUGAGGUUCCCAGAAGGAGGGAGGAUUGUUCCAAUCCUUGGAGUCAGUUUGGAUAAUAACACGGGUAAGUGUUGUGUUCUGUUCUCUUGGUUUCAUCUACCUGGCUUGCUUCUGGAAGAAAGAGAAACAGCGGGGAGGAUAGGUCAAUGGCAGGACACCUGCUUGGCAUGCAGAAGGUCACUGAUUCCAUUCCCAGCAUCUCCAGGUAGGGCUGGGAGAGACGCCUGCCUGAAACCCUGGGGAGCCGCUGCCAGGCAGUGUAGACCAUACUGAGUCAGAUGGAUCAAUGGUCUUGAUGCAGUUUGAGGAAACAUCCUAUGCCUUAAAGGAUGGAUCUUAGGUCAGUGGGAGAGCAUUUGCUCUCCAUGUCGAAGGUCACAGAUUCGAUCCCCAGUAUUUCCAUCUAGGGGUGGGAAUGUCCCGCUGGGAAACUAGGAGACCCACUGCCAGUCAGAAUAGGCAGCAUUAGGCUAGAUGGACAAACAGUCUGACUCAGUAUAAGGCAGGUUCAUCUGUAAGAUUGGGAUGUCUCUGCAGUGCAGGCAGAAGGUCACUAUGCUGGGCUAUGUCUCAACCACAGAUGGUCAUCUGGCAACCAGCAGGCAAGACCCAGCUCCCCAAAAUCCCUAUCCAGCCCCUAGUAGUUUUUCCUGCAUUGUCCUUGUACCAGCCUUCAGGUUUAUCCUACUGGCAGGUACCGUUCACUGGAACAUAGGAAGCCGUCUUAUACCAAGUCAAGUCCAUCUAGUGCCCUACUGUCUUCACUGCCUGGCAGUAGCUCUCCUGAGGUAGGGAGUCCUUCUCAGGUCAUUUGGGCUUGAACUCAGGAUCUUCUGCAGGCAAAUCAGAUGCUUUGUUUCUGAGCUACAGCACCAUAAAACACCGGUCCUGAAAGACCUACAUUGGCUCCCACUACAUUUCCGAGCACAAUUCAAAGUGUUGGUGCUGACCUUUAAAGCCCUAAACAGCCUCAGCCCAGUAUACCUGAAGGAGCAACUCCUCCCCCACCAUUCAGCCAGGACACUGAGGUCCUCCUUUGAGGGUAUUCUGCUGGUUCCUUCACCACGAGAAGUGAGGUUACAGGGAACCAGGCAGAGGGCCUUCUCGAUAGUGGCUCCCUCCCUGUGGAACACCCUCCCUUUGGAUGUCAAGGAAAUAAACAACUAUCUGACUUUUAGAAGACAUCUGAAGGCAGCCCUCUAUCGGGAAGUUUUAAAUGUUUGAUGUUUAGUAUGUUCUGAUAUAUGCUGUGAGCCACCCAGAGUGGCUGGGGAAACCCAGCCAGAUGGGUGGGGUAUAAAUAAUGAAUUAUUAUUAUUAUUAUUAUUAUUAUUAUUAUUAUUAUUAUUUCCCCUUCUGCUUCCUCUUCUGUCUGUGGUCAGGCCAAGACAUUUUGCUGCCUGAGGCAAAGGUCAAGAUAGCACCUUCCCAAUGCCGUGUAGAGAAACCAAGUAGACAGGCAUCAGUGGUUGAAGGUCACAUGACAGCAUCCUCCACAACACUUGAAAGCAUCAUGGUACCUUAGUGGGCAUGUAGCAAGCUAUGAGGCACACAUAACUCUGCCCUCCUACAUUUUGAUGCUAACCCCAGCAUCUGCCACCUGAGGCAGCUGGUUGUUUUUGUUGACUUUUUGCAGUAUGGUAGCGCUGCAGAGAGCUUGCUGGGGAGACCAUGCAUUAAAAAGGGACUCAAAAAUAACUUAAACAAGGUUUUAAUAAGAAAAACAAAAACUCCUUUUACACUAAAUACAUUAACAAACAAACAUGACCCAACCACCAACUCAUCACCCUGGGUAAUGGGAGAGCUAGGUGCUGCUCCUUAUAUACUACACCCAAUUACCAACACAGCUUAAUCAAUACAACUCAGCAGCACCUGCUAUGUUUCACAGCUGUAAAGCUGGGUCUCGUUAUUUUGCUCUGGCCCUUUCUCUGGCCCCUUAAAGACAUACACAUCGAGUGGAACAAUGAUGAACCUUUACAUAUUAAACCAUUCAACAGUUUUAUGGUAGGGCAAGCCCUGCCUGUGUGUUGGAGAUGGUGGGUGGGCCAUUAGCCCUUCAAGAUGCUGGAUAUUAAUGACUCCAUCAAACGCCUUGGUUUCUACCACUGCCAUCUUGAUGUUGAAUGAUAAGCCACAGGUGAUGGGCAUGUAGAACUUAAUAGGUGACACACUCCAAAUCAAAAAGUCUCUGAGAGAAACUGUUGAUUUAGAAGUAUUAUUUCAGAAGCUAAAAAAGAAAAUCAAUAACCACCCCAGCCUUUUCGUGAAGAUAUUCUAGAAAGAGUGAGAGAGAUGAAAUUAAAGCUAUGAUUGAUUACUCUUAAGAGGUGCUGCCUUCAUUAAUUGAACAGCUGAGGCAAAUUUGACUUUCUUGGAAGUAGUUCAGUUGAUCGAUUAAUGUAAUAAACAGCGCAUUAAAAUGGGUCUGUUAGAGUCUUCCAGCUCAGCUUAGUAAGCAUUUUUCACUCUGUUCAGUUUUGUAUCAGUGAUGUUAGAAAAUGAGAUGAACAGAUUCCUCAUUUUCCUCCGGUCUCUGUCAACUCCAUGGUAAUGACAGGAUGAAGACACCCAGAAAUUAGGGAGAGGGCAGACUGAGGGCCUCCUAAGCUCCAGCUCCAACUCAGUUUAUCCUAACUUCUUUGUCUAAACUAGGCUCCAGGCUCAAAGAGUUUUUUCCUCCCAGUUAGUAUAUGAUCCACUUUGUGUCUCCUGCUUGUAUUAGUAAAUAGAGCUGGUCUUUCUCUUUGACCAACCAAUGUGAGGUGUUAAAAUUAGGUCAUGAUUCUUCAUUCCCUCAACUUCGGGUAACUUUUUCUGGUUCAGACAAAAAAGGCAGAAAGAAACUGUGGGUGCUAGAAAUGAGAUUUAUUCCAGGCCUGACAUGUUUGAAACAAAUCCUUCCUUGGGCCACUAUAAAUAUACAAACCACAUACAAAGCAAAUGGGAUAUCGAGUGCAUAAGAUAAUAACUCAGUUCUGUGGUUGGUUGAUCCUGGCUCAGAAACAAGAGUGAAGCAUCACUCCAAGGCCUACCCAUUUCCUGAUUUGUCUCAGUUCUGCUCCAUGGGCAUCCAAAUAUUCUUUUCUGUGACUGAGGAGAAGCCUCACGAACCUGAACCUGCCUAAUCUGUAUUUUCUCAAACAAUAUGUGAUUCAAAACACAGCCAUCCUUUGAAAUACUCACUUCUCAUAAUUUGGCAUUGCAAUUCUUCAGCCAAGUAAUUUGUACAAAAAUGCAUAUACUAGGGCUAAAGUGAACAUAUGUAAGUGAAAAUAGUACAGUGGUACCUCGGGUUAAGUACUUAAUUUGUUCUGGAGGUCCGUACUUAACCUGAAACUGUUCUUAACCUGAAGCACCACUUUAGCUAAUGGGGCCUCCUGCUGCCGCCGCGCCGCUAGACCACAAUUUCUGUUCUCAUCUUGAAGCAAAGUUCUUAACCUGAAGCACUAUUUCUGGGUUAGCGGAGUCUGUAACCUGAAGCGUAUGUAACCUGAAGUGUAUGUAACCCGAGGUACCACUGUACACAAAAAUGCAUAAGGUUAGAGGAAAUGGCUUUGCAAAAAUGGGUAUAUUAGAAUCAAGAUUGUAAGGCAGAGCAACUUUCAUGAGGAAUUUUCUGGAAAGAAAAAAAUCACAAAUUGAUGUGGAAAUGUUGAACUUCCACAUCACAUUUAACUUCCUGUUCCCCUCCCCUUCCUUCCUUCCUUCCUUCCUUCCUUCCUUCCUUCCUUUCUUUCCAACUGUUUAAACCAAUUCAUGAACCAAGAAACCUAUACAUUGACCACUAAUAAUGAAACUUAUGUUGUAGAUAUUUUUCCACGUUUACUAUGUUAUUUUUGUGAUAUACAAAUGACACGAGAAAACUUGGUAUACUUGUUUGUAUAACAUUAUUCUUGUUUAUAAAACCCAAUAAAAAAUAAAAAUAAAAACUGUAACUUCCUGUGACAAAUCUUAUUGUUUACUGUGUAAGGGAGUUGAAUUGAAAACUAGUUGUGUUGUAAAUAUCAGGCCUUUGAGUGAAAGGCCCUAUUCAAAUAAAGCAUUGAAAUGGAACAUGAACCUGAACCUUAUGUGGGAAGGUGAAUAUCCAGAUUAACUCUUUUUUCUUUCUUUGCUCGUCUCUUAAAUGCAGGAGACCUCAUUCCAGUGGGAGGCCUCCAUGGGCCCUCAGAGAACGUCCUCCUUAUAGGGGAUUCCUUUAAGGAGCCACUGAGUGGGAGGGUUGCCCGUGUCCAAGGCAUUUGCCUUCAGCAAGACAAGAUGGCCGCUCACGCAGGGGGCUAUCAGGCGGUAUUGGACGCCAACCUCCUUGUAGCUCAGAUCCACGUGGCUCAAUCACUAAGAGAGUAUAAGGACGCCAUUUGUGAGGACCUGUGCUCUGCUGGAGAUAGGCAGAAAGCCCUCAAAGCCGCAGAAGAAGACAUGAAAAGAGUACUCUCUGAGGUGUUGGAUUAUUUGUUGUACCAGCUAAGGACCCUAGAGAAGCAACGGGGCCACGCGUCAGUUCUCAAGAGCACUGGCGGCAAGCUGGGUAGGUGCUCUGAAUUACAACUGUGUUGUUCUACAUCCUUCUGUAGAAAUGAAUCCCUGCCAGUUACUGUUCCGUACAAAUCAGUCUGUACUUGAAGUUCCACAGGUGUUAAGUUGUGGGUGAACAUAUCAGACGACACAGCGAUUCUUCAAACAGCUCUUGUUUAUUCAGAGGCCAGAACAGAACUGAGCUGAAGUGCUCAGUCAGCCUGCUUAUAUAGAGCUCCAGUACAACGUUACUGUAGCAACUUUCUAAAACUAUCCAAUCACUGAACGUCACUUUUGAUCCUUCAUUUGCAUAACUAUCUACAGUAUCCCCUGCUGGCCCAGGGUGAGAACUUCAGUACAUAACAACAGGUGCAGCCUUUGCUCAAAGCAAUCCUGUGGGGCAGUGGUUUUCAACCCUGGGGUGCCUUGAAUGAUGGUCAGGGGAUGCUGCGGGCAACACUGGCCUCUGUCCUUCUUUCUUCCCCUCCCUUGUCUGAUGCCCUUUCUUGUCUCUGCCUCCCAAAAGCUUGCGCAGUUGUUUGCAGCAGCCCUGGCUACAAACUCCCCAGAUGGAUGGUGCCACUGGGAGGCACCUCUCUUUGGGGUGGGGUGGGGGGCAGCUCAGGUAACAGGACAGUAGCAGUGUCUGCCCAGAGGACUCCCAAGGAGACAGGAGAAGAGAGGAGGCUGAAGGAACCCUCCACAAGGGAGGAUGUUCAAAAAAGGGUGAGAGGCUGCCAGCUCUGCAGGCAAGGGGUAACACAACUGGGCUCCUGUGCCCCACAGGGGUGCCGCAGAAAGAAUGUAGUUGGUCAAGGGAGCCGUGGACCCCAAAAGUUUGAAAACCUCUGCUGUGGGGGAUGUGGUGCAAUGUGAGUUGUAUCUACACACUGCACAACAUGCUAAUAGUUGGCCCACUGAAAUUAGCAGACAUAGCUAACUUCCACUUGAUUUACUGCAAUUGCAAUCCUUUGUCUAUGUAUGGAACACAAUAAAAUGCAACAUGGUGCAGUGAUUAGAGUAUUGGGUUAAGGAUGGAAAAAUCUGUCCAUUUGGGUUUCUUAAUUUUAGAGUCAGUUUUCCAGACAUCAGCAUCAAUUUGUGUUUUUUUUUCUCUAAACAAUUUCAUUAAAAUUCAUCAGAAUUUUUAGGGUGCGUGUCCCCUAACAUACACAUCUUUGCAAGCAAUUUUCCAUAAGAACAUGCAUUUUUGUAUGCUCUUUCCCUGAAUAUACACAGUACAAUAACAUAUUCUUGGGUCAGGGAGCUGCAUUGCAAAAUGUGGAGGUGGGCAAAUUUGGAAGAAAAGUUUCAAUUUGCACGUUGUUUUGGGAAGGGUAGAUUAGGUAAAUUUGCAAGAAAAUAUGUACCGAAAGAAAUUUCACUCCUCAGGCUCAAAUCCCUGGUCAGUUGAGAACCUCACUGGAUGACCAUGUACUAAUAACUCUCUCUGAGCCUUGCCAACCUCACAUGAGAGCCAGUGUGGUGUAGUGGUUAAGAGCGGUGGAGUCGUAAUCUGGUGAACCAGGUUCGAUUCCCCGCUCCUCCACAUGCAGCUGCUGGGUGACCUUGGGCUAGUCACACUUCUCUGAAGUCUCUCAGCCCCACUCACCUCACAGAGUGUUUGUUGUGGGGGAGGAAGGGAAAGGAGAAUGUUAGCCGCUUUGAGACUCCUUAGGGUAGUGAUAAAGCGAGAUAUCAAAUCCAAACUCUUCUCUUCUAAAAGGAUGAGGAGGAAGAAAAGAAACAUGCACACUGCCCCUUUAAGGAGUUGUAAAAUAAACGGGUAACAGAGAAAUAAGCAACAUACAAGUUCUCCUUCUUUCCAUAUACAUACACCCAAAUUCACCUAUUGUCAUGAUGAUGGGCAUUUGCUAAUACAGUAUUCAUACUGACUUGGCUAUCCUUUCGCUGUCUCAACCAAAUUAGGGAUGAUCAAAUAUCCCAGCACAGAACUCUGGAUCCCUGCCGUCUUUGGGAUGAAAAUCCCGGAUCCAGGAGGUUCUGAUUUGAUGGUGCCCAUCCUUGGAGUUGAAUGUGACUGGAAGACAGGGCAGCCAAUGCCGUUAGCUGGGACCAUGGAAGAUGCAGAUGGGAAAGGUGAGGACUAACACUUUGGACUGGAAGCUCCCCGCAGCAGGAAGGAAAGUGAGCAGGUGACGCACAGUCAGCUACAGGGAGGUGGUGUCAUGCUUAGCAGCAGUACAAGAAGACGAUCUCUGAUUUGUUGCUCCUAAUGCUGUAUUAUUUUAUUGUGUUCUUGGAUAGCUGAAAGUUGGGGGCAGUGCUUGAUUUUUCAGAGGAUGGGUGCCAUGAUGUUACUGUUAGCAUAGGUAAAGGUAAAGGGACCCCUGACCAUUAGGUCCAGUCGUGACCGACUCUGGGGUUGCGGCGCUCAUCUCGCUUUAUUGGCCGAGGGAGCUGGCAUACAGCUUCCGGGUCAUGUGGCCAGCAUGACUAAGCCACUUCUGGCAAACCAGAGCAGCGCACGGAAACGCCGUUUACCUUCCCGCAGGAGCGGUACCUAUUUAUCUACUUGCACUUUGACGUGCUUUCGAACUGCUAGGUUGGCAGGAGCAGGGACUGAGCAACGGGAGCUCACCCCAUCGCAGGGAUUCGAACCGCCAACCUUCUGAUUGGCAAGUCCUAGGCUCUGUGGUUUAACCCACAGCGCCACCCGUGUCCCUUACUGUUAGCAUACAAAGCCAUUUAACAGAUUGGGACCAGUUUACUUAAGGGAUUUCCUUACCCCACUUCAUUCUGUGGAGCUGCCACUAUUACAAGUGCCGCAUAAAAUUUGUUCCACUCUUGCAAGAAAUCAAUCUUUUAGUGUGGCGACACCUACACAUUGGGCCUCUCCCUCUUUCAUAAUACUAGAACUCAGGGCCAUUCAAUGAAGGUGAAUAUGGGAAGAUUCAGGACAGACAAAAGGAAAUGCUUUUUUUCAUGCAUUGUAGCAGUAGACUAUGGAAUCCCGCAAGAUAUACCCAUGGCCACCAAACUGGAAGGCUUUAAAAGAGGAUUCGACAAAUGCAUGGCAGAUACAGCUGUCAGUGACUACUAGCCCCAAUGGCUAUGUUCACCCUCCACUGUUUGAGACAGGAUGCUGGGAAUCUCAAGUUUGGACACCGCUGUUGAAUUUGGGUCCUAUUUGCAGGCUUUCCAGAAGCUUCCGGGAAGGAUAGGAUGCUGAGUUUAGAUGGGUCUUUGGCCUGAUGAAGCAGGACUCUUAUGUUCUUCUGUUAAGUAGGAAAUAUAUAUGCAGUUGUCUAGUGGGGAAGGUGGAAUGAGUGGAGACUGUGGUCCCAUAGUGAAGCCCUUUGUGGUUCAAAUCAUGGUCUAGAAUGAAUGGGGUAGAAUCCAGAAACAUUAAGGAUGUAGCAGCCCGCUGCAAAAAGCAACAACACAAAAAAUACGCUUCUCACAAUGGUAUGGGUUUAAUCAUGCUUCAGAGUUUUCUGACUUCAUGCUCAUAAAAACUCACAUUAAUACCCACUUAGGCUUGAUGGUUUGGCUCUGACUCCUUGCAGGUCUUGUUCCACUCGCUGUUGGCUUCAGAACUGUGGAUCCCAUAACAGGCGAGACUGGUCCAGUCAUUGGGGCUCAAAUUAACCCUUGGACAAAUGCUGUCAUUCCUGUGGUCCAGUCUCUGGGAAACUUACCAAGAGGAAAUCCAGACCCGGAACUGGUAACUCCCAUUCCAAGUUAUUAUUAUUAUAAAGGAGAGGGGGAAGGGGGUUUGUUAUUUGUUAAACUCCUUUCUGAUUCGUGCAGCCUGUUAUGGGAAAUCAUUGUUUUUACAGCUGGUUGCUUUGGAGAAGGAAAUAAAUGCCAAGCAAGCAUACUGGCACUGCCAGCGGGCAAAAGAAGAGGAGCUCUUUAAAGAGCUGGAUUUUAUAUGUCUGGAUGUCUUGGAUGCAGCCAAGGAGGGGAAAAUGAAAAAGGUGCACGUUGGCUUUACCUGCAACACCUGCUGCGAAAUUAGAAGAGUGCUCUGGCCCUCUGCCCUGUAUGCAUGCUGGGCUUAUUCCCCUGGGCUGGGGUAGCAGCACUUCAACAGACCAUCAUGUCCUUGUUAAAGACAGAUUCUCCCCACCUAUAGAUAGGAAGCUGCCUUAGAGCAACUCAGGCCACUAAUCCAUCAAGCUCAGCAUUAUUGUCAUGGGCUGGUUGGCCACAGAGGAAUGUAGGAAGGAACGAGCUGGGAAAUCCCCAAGGGAGGAAGGCUCAGGGCCCGGGGAGUAGCGGUGGGACAACAAUGAGUGGUCGGAGGGAGAAGACUGGGAAGAGCAAGUAUCGGAAACUAAAGGAGUAACAGGGUUUAGUGAGCAGGGAGAGUCUGUGAUAGAGCGAAGUCCAGAAUCAGAGGCAGAAGCUGAAGCAGGAGAGUAGAGAGGCCAAGAGGCAGAGAUGAGUCAGGCUGGGGAAGAGUCACAGAUAUCUCCCCCUCCUGCUGUGACAAGCUCCCCUCCCACCCCCACCCCCUUGUCUCCCAGAACUAGAAGAGGCAUGAAAAGGGCACAGGAGAGAUUAGUGACUCACAGUCACAGUCUCCGACUGCUUGGGGAAAACCCAGGACAUGAGGGAACUUAGGCUUUUGUGGGUGUUAGAACAACCACGAGGACCUCUUCAACUAAAAAUAAAAUAAGAUCCCAGUCCUUAUGAUUCUACAUAAUGUAGAAUACACGUAUAUAGGAAACCACCUUAUACUGAGUCCAAUAACAGUUACAUCCAGUCCAGUAUUUCCUGCACUGACUGGCAGUGGCUCUGGAGGAGGCGGUUUUUCCCAGCCCUACCUGGAGAUGAAUUGGGAUGACUUUCUGCAUGCAAAGCAUAUUUUAGCUUAAUUCUCUUUAUCUCCCCUCCCCCUUGCAGUUAAGGUAUAGGAUCAAAUUAAGACCUGCUGAUGAAAUCUAUCACCUGCUGGAAGAAUCCUCUGCCCAGGAAACUCAAAGGAGAGCUAGCAGAGAUCAGAACAUGCUGUGGGACACAGAACAGUCUCUGAGGAUGAGAGGUAUGGAGGCACAGCUUCUGGCUAUUGCGUUUGUGUGGCUGUCUUGAACUACAGCUGAGCUGAAGUUUCUCACAAGAUAGUUCCCUUGGAAAAUAUCUGAGAUGUUUCCUUUCCCCUUAGAAAAAGACACAUUUGCAGAAUUUUCUCCACUGUUUGUUGUUGGUUGGUUGGUUGCAGGGGGGCCCCUCCCACCCCACUCAACCCCCCCACCCCAUAAUCCUCUGGGCCUCAAUUUCCCCAGCUAUGCCCUAGAGCAGCGCAGUUGCAUCAAGCUCUUCUGUAAAAUGUCCUUGCUGAGCUUCUAACGGUGUUACUCAUUGAGACGAUUGUGUUUUCGUGACUCCAGUUGACAAGGACGAGAGAGACCAAGAAGGCAGAGUUCGGCUUUUGCUCAGGAAGAUGCUGGAGAAACUGGUCCAGUUCAUCCGGAGGAUGCAGCUAGAAGAAGGACGGAUCCAGAUGCAGCUGAAGGAGGCAGAACGGCAGUGGAGCAGAGGCUUGCACAUGGAAGAGGCCAUUAGAGAGAAAUCCAGAAAGGUGAGGUCACCACCUGUUCCCCAACAUAAUCUGCCAUGAUCUGGCUUUGAUGUACUGUACAUUAAAAACCCUGAUUUCUGUGUCUCCGGUGGUAUAGUGCGGGGAAGAAUGCAGGUGGGUACAACUCCAGUGCUUUUCUUAGAGAAGAAGUGGUCACAGCAUCUGUUAGAGUGCCAGGGCAAUUUAUAGAGCCUUCUUGCUCCAGCAAGUGAGUGAGCAGAUAAUGUGGCUUUCAAGUUGGCUUGCAGUGAUGAGAGAUUAGCAUAAGGCAAGUCAGAAAAUGAAGCAAAUCAUCAAGUACUUCUCUGGGUACUUCUUUCCUUUUCUUUGAUGGGGUCCCUUCUUCACACACCCUCAAAGAUUUCUGGGAACUAUGGUUGGCUAAGGGUGCUGGAAUUGCAGGUCUGUAGCGAGUAAACUCCAAUUCCCAGGAUUCUUUGGGGGAAGCAAUGUAUCUGAAUGUGCUUUAAAUAUAUGACAUAUAUGGGUAACACUUUUUUGCCUGUCCUUUGCAUUUCUGUUUGAAACUCUGAAUUAUCAUAAUAGCAUUAUAGGUUUUGCGUGCCAGAGUGUGUGGGCGCUAGCCAUUAAGGAACAAAGGCUGGAUUGACCAGUCAUUAACCCAUCAAUGCAAGUCACUGAUAAAACAGAAGACUGCAGAGCACAGAGAGGGAGGUUGCCAGGGUUACAGUGGGAGAUAAUGGAGACAGAAGGAGAAGUUGUGUUUUGGCAAGGUUUUUUUGGGGAAGAAGCAGCAGGAAGUAGGCAGAACCGGGUUGUACCCAGAGACCAGGGAGCAUGGCUUUCCUCUGCUCAGGACCCAAGCUUGAUGAAGUUAUGGAGAAGAAACAGGAGGCACUCUUGAGGUAUGAUAUUCUGCACUCUCUCCAUCAGUGUCUAUAUGUGUAAAUAAAACCAUACAUCUCAAAGACACUGCAGUCUCUACUGUGCCUAAUUUUCAAGAAGGAAACGCAACUCUGGGUAAGUGCCUGGAACCUCCUGGAAUCUUGCUAACACUCAGCAGAGAUUGGGGGUGGCACAUAACAAUAAUGUCUAAAGUAGCACAUGAUAGGAAAGCAGGUAAUGAACAACCAAGCAUGGGAUUGUCUCCAACUAAGUUCUACUCAGAGCAGACACAGCAAAAGCAAUGGACUGGAGUUAGCCAUGAUCAAGCUCAAAAACAAUUUAAAAAAAUGGUUGUGCAUCAUAUCUGUGGCCACCAAAAGAUGGGUCCCAAAUUUUCUGGUAACAUUUUGCCGCAUGAUCCAUGUUAACAUUUUGCAACACAAAAAUCUCGGCAGUCACAUUUCUUGAUGCUUAAUGCUGCUCUUAAGCAAGAUGGUGGGAAUGGGAAGAAGUGGUUGAGAUCAUCCCUGCUUCUCUGCCUUCUUCCAGAUCACACUGCAUCUUGUGGCUGGAUUCCAGGAACACAUUGCAAAGCAGCAGACCAGCGUGGAGAGUGCCCACUGCAGGCUGGAAUAUUUCCGAAUAUUAUCAGAUACGCUGGCCCUACAGACAAAGGUAUGCCGUUUUUGUGAACAUAGGUAGCAAAUUGAAAACCAACUUACUACCAGGUGUGUCUAUGGGCUCUUCUGGACUGUCACCGUUUUGGGGUGGGAUUCAUUCAUAGGUUGCACAGCUUAGGUCCAAGCUAUCUGAAAUACCUUAUUCCCUCAUAUGCACCUGCCAGGGUUAUGAGAUCUUCAGGGGAAGCCCUUCUCUUGGUCCUGACUCCCUCACAGGCUCACUUGGGCCUUCUCAGUGGCUGCUCUGACUUUGGAAUCCCUCCCUAUAGAAGCUAGACUGGCUGCCUCCUUGUUGUCAUUCCACUGGCAGGUGAAGACUUUUUUGUUCCAGUAGGCUUUUGGGAACUAACUGCUUUUAAUGAAAAGGUUGAUGCCAUGCUGUUUUUAUUGUGAUUAUUGGUAUGACUUUAAUAGUGUGUGUGUGUGUGUGUGUGUGUGUAAUUCUAUCAAUGUUUAAUUGAUUUUUAAUGGUUGAUUUUCUAUGUUUUAAGCAGUACUUAUUUUUAUUUGUAAGCUGCACUGAGUUUUGUCCAUAUAUAUAUUAGUAGUAGUAACAACAACAACAACAACAACAACGUGCAUUGGGAGUUCUUGCACAACAAACCUGCUUCCCCAAAAGAUCAAACUUUUUGCAAUAAGAAAAGUGAUGGGGAAAUAAACUGGAAAGUGUGGGAUAAACUUUGCUUGAUGAAACGUCUCCUAAUCUGUGGUGCGACCACACCUGAAUACUGCACAAAGUUCAGGUUGCCUCACCCUGAAAAAGGAUACUAUAAAGCUAUUUUUUUUUAUUAAAAAAAAAGGCUUCAGGGAGGGGCAACCAAGAAGAUCAAGGGAUGGAACAGCUCCCGUAUCAGGAAAGAUUACAGCACACUGGGGGCUUUUUAGUUCAGAGAAAAGGCAAGUAAGAGGCAACACGAUAGGAAUGUAUACAGUUACAUACCCGCUAAUAUUUCUCUGGUGAAAAUAGGGACAUCCUAUUUAAAUUGCUGCUGCUGCUGCUGCUGCUGCUGCUGCUGUUAUCAUCAUCAUUAUUAUUAUUAUACCCCGUCCAUCUGACUGGGUUGCCCCUGCCACUCUGGACAGCUUCCAACAUAUAUAACAAAACAUUAAAAAACAAUUAAAAAACUUCCCUAUACAGGGCUGCCUUCAGAUGGCUUGGGGGUCGCAUAACUCCAUACUCUCCAAAAUUUCUCUGAUGAAAAUAGGGACAUCCUAAGGAAAAGUGGGAUAUUCCGGGAUCAAAUCAGAAACCGGGACAGAUUCUGUAAAUCCAGGACUGUCCCUGGAGAAUAGGGACACUUGAAGGAUCUGCAGUUAUGCUCGGUGUGGAUGAAGUUGAAUGCUAGAAGAUUCAGUACAGAGAAAAGGAAAUACUUCUUUACACAGUGCAUACUGUAGAUAAUGAUGGAAUCUGCUCCCAUAGGAGGAAGUGAUGGCCACCAACUUUGAUGGCUUUAAAAGAGGAUUAGGUGAAAUUAUGGAGCCUAAGGUUCUCAGUAGCCACUAGCCCUGGUGGCUAUUUUCUACUUCCACUGUUGGAGGCAAUAUGUGUCCGAAUACCAGUUGCUGCAUUUGGGUCUGGCUUGUGGGUUUCUCACAGGCAUCUGGUUGGCUGCAGUAAGAACAGGAUGCUAGAGUAGAUGUAGAGUAGUCUGAUGACCCUGCCAGCACCUUUCUUCAUAUGUUCUUAGCCUCCUUGCAAACAAAUCAGAAUGAAUGCUCAUUAAACAGCUAAUAUUGUCUGAUCUUCCUGCAAACAAAUUAGGAUGAAUGCUCAGUCAUCUGGAAGCUUCCUAAAAGCUUAACCCAAGGAUGAUCACAUGCUGCAAAAAUAAAGGUUUUCCCUGGAUUGGGUUUAUUCAUAUUAUUCACCACUCAAAGAGUUGCUUCUUUUACUGGUUCCUAUAGCUGGGUUUAACCCUGUGAAAAAUUCAAGUGGCAAAUGUUUGCUGAGAGUUAAUCUUCUUCUCUGUCUCAGGACCUUCUCUCCGGUUCAUCCCAGUGUUUUCUGAACUACCCGGGCGCAAAAUUCUACAGCGUGGCCGGCACUGCCCAUGGAAGUUGGGAAGUCAUCAAUCGGAAACUGAUCCCACUCCUCAAGUCUGUGGUUCAGACUCUGGAGGAGAACAAAAGGGGUCCCUUGUCUCCUGAGAUGCUUCUGGGUCUGGGAUCAGGAGAAGGUGUGGUCUGCUGUUUCCAUGGUCUUUGCAAUGCUUGUCUUUCAACCGAGCAAGAGAUGAAACCAUAUUCUGAGCCGCGAAAUAAGUGCAGUUGAGUUGCAAGGCCAGCCCUACCAUUAGGUAUAAUGAGGCAGAUGCCUCAGGUGGCAGAUACUAGGAGGAACUUAUGGCAGCCACCCAAGCUUUUUGUGCUGGUCCCGUGGGUUAUCUGAGAGGCGAUGUCCAAGUCCAGUCUGUGGUCAGAGGUGCAACGCAGAGGCAGUCCAUAGUAGCUGAAGCUGGGUGCAGGGCAGGGAGUCGGGUGAAGUCAGGAACAGGCAUGCAAGCAGGGAGCCAGGGCGGGUCAGGAGCUCAGGCAGGAAAGCAGGACAGGGUUCAGGCAGGAACUAGCAACCAACAAUGUUGCUCCCACAAUUUGGGACUGGGGCUGGUUGGCUUUUAUCUGCCCUGAGGCAUAGGGCAGCCCCCAUCCUCUGGUGACUCACCUCUCCUGGCCUGGAGGCAAGCACUCCUCCUGCGGGAACUUAGUUCCCUCCGCCUCUCUGCCCUGAGCCUCUGCAGCUCAGGAGAGGCUAGAGGGUUACCGGACCCAGAGGCAACCUCAGCUUCCUCUGACGGGGCUGAGAGUGGAGCACCUGCAGGCAAUGGGUCCUCCAUCACCUCAGGAGCCAGAGCAGACUCAGCUGAUGCCUGCACCUGAGGACCCAGCACAGGUGAGGACCCUUCAGGCUCAUACCCCAGCCCCCGCUCAGCUGGUUUUGGAGGUGAGGAAUCCUGUGCAGGCUGGGAUCCCUCAGGUUCAGCAUCCGAGUCCGAAUCCCAGGCCAUCACACUUUUGCUCUUGAGCCAUUCCCCACCAUCACUUAAAAGGCCACUUUCAUUCUUCUGAGAUGGUGCCCCAGUGAGGAUGUCUGCUUGUUGCUGGUCUGGGACUGCUGAAGAAAGCGUCUCAGUGAGUGUGCAAAGUUCAGGCCAUGAGUUUCAGCAGGCAUUCUGCUUGUGCAUGCAUUGUUCCACUAAUUCUGCAUGUGUUGUUGCAGCCACCCACGGCAUUGUAGCAUUUUAUUUUGCAAUGUGGGUCUCCAGCCAAGAAACAUGUAAAAAAAUGAACAUACCAUUGCAAAAUGUGCAUUGAAAUGCAUACACUGGUACAAAAAUGCUUUCUGGGAAAAGACUUUGCAGAAAAGAAAAGAGUACAUUAGAAGAAAUUUACACUAAAAUGCCGGGGGUUUUGUGAGGAUUUUGUUUUUAUUUAAAAUAUAAAUCACAAACUGAUGAGGAAAUGUGGAAAACUGAAGAAUGGGGAGAUAACAAACUGGAAGAAACAGAAAUGGACAUAUUUUCCCAUCCCUAGGCAGCACAGCUCCAUAGCCAGUGUUGCAGUAAGAUUCAGUCUUGUUGCCCCUGAUGAAUGGAAAAGGCAUAUUAUAUCUCCUGUAGAAGCCCAAGGAAAGCUAUACGAGUACAGUGGUACCUCGGGUUAAGUACUUAAUUCGUUCCGGAGGUCCGUUCUUAACCUGAAACUGUUCUUAACCUGAAGCACCACUUUAGCUAAUGGGAGCUCCUGCUGCCGCCGGAGCCCGAUUUCUGUUCUUAUCCUGAAGCAAAGUUAUUAACCUGAAGCACUAUUUCUGGGUUAGCGGAGUCUGUAACCUGAAGCGUAUGUAACCUGAAGCGUAUGUAACCCGAAGUACCACUGUAUAUAAUACUCAUGCCUGCUUAUAAAGUCUUUGCCUAUUAAGCAUUCAACAGUGGAAUCAUAAACCCAUUUCAUGAAGAUUUCGUUUCUUUAUUUGUUUACUGUUCCCAUUUCUAGCCUCAUUUUCCCCUCCAAAAUGAAAAUACCUGACAAUUCUCAAUGAAAAACAACCACCUGAUGGUGAAACAUCAAAACAGGAGAGAAUCAGAGCUCAAAGAAAAGCACUAGCCGACAGAGAAGCAGACGAAAUUAAAAAAUCUAACCAAAAAUCUUAGCAGCAAGGAGAUCAAAGUCUUAUUCGAAAAAUUAAACUUUUCAAACCGCUUGUAACACAGUAAUUCAGCUGCAAGACACAUUAGGAUGAAUGUGCCAAGCACCCUGCUGUUGGGGAUGGGCAUUAAUGCUGUGAGGAUGCUGUUGUUCCUUUGAGGAACCUGUGAGUACCUCCAGAUGUGGCUGGACUACAACUCCCAUCAUCCCCCAGACCAUCAGCUACAUUAGCGGGAGUUGAAGUCUGACCAACAAUGCUUGGAGGCUUGCAGGUUCCCCAUCUGCUGGACCUACAGAGCAGAAUGAAAUGAAGUGGCAGCACCACCCACUGGCAGCUAACGGAAUGGCUGAGCAGUGCACGUUGGAGUCAUCAAAGGGGUUUCUGCAGUCACUUCACAAAACAUUGUGCCUUUGGGGCCUGCUAGAAAAUAACCCUACAAAGUUUGGGCUGAUUAGGAAUGCUGUUGCACACAGGGUCUGCUUUGGGGCUUCCCAUAAUGGGAAUCUGGUUGGCCACUAUGACAAGGUAAAGGUAAAGGUAAAGGACCCCUGGAUUGUUAAGUCCAGUCAAAGGCGACUAAGGGGUUGUGGCGCUCAUCUCGCUUUCAGGCCAAGGGAGCCAGUGUUUUUUCGCAGACAGCUUUCUGGGCCAUGUGGCUAGCAGAACUAAACUGCUUCUGGCGCAACAGAACACCGUGACGGAAGGCAGAGUGCACGGAAACACCGUUUACCUUCCUGCCACAGCAGUACCUAUUUAUCUACUUGCACUGGCGUGCUUUCGAACUGCUAGGUUGGCAGGAGCAGGGACAGAGCAACAGGAGCUCACUCCGCUGUGGGGAUUCAAACCGCCGACCUUCUGAUCGUCAAGCCCAAGAGGCUCAGUGGUUUAGACCACAGUGCCACCCAUGUCCACUGUGACAACUGGAUGCUAGACAAGAUGGACCACUGGCCUGUCUCCUUCUGAUGUGCUUAUGUCUCUAUGCUGCGCAGACUCCCAAUUAUUUGUUUUGUCUAGGAGAACUAUUUUUAUACACCACUUUUCAGGGGGAACCUCGCAAAGCGGUUUCCAUAAAAUUAUCAAAACAAUGAGCAUCAAUAAUUAAAAAAGAGACAAUUGCUCGGAAAAGAGCAAAAACUCUCUGCAUUGAAGAUGCCAUUUCUGAUUUUAUUCCCUUUUAAUUUCCAGGUUUGGGCGGGUUCAGAAUCUGUCUGUGCGGAUGUGCCCUUGCAUUAUUCAAACCCUGACCGCAAGAUUUUCAUGUGAAGGCACUAUGAACACUCUGCGUCUAAACUGCUUCCCUCUGCAGUUUAAUUCCCCCCUCAAUUAAUUCAGCAGCAUACCCGGAGUCUGUUAGCACAGGAUUCCUUCUGUCCUCAACUUGGCAGCUAGUGGAUGAAGUACAGAAAAUCGAUGGCAUCCCUUUUACUCCCCACCCCCCACCCCACUCUCCUGGGAAUUCAGAUCUAUCAAUUGUGAUGCAACCAGACUCUUAGUUACACAAUAGAUCUAAGUGUGGGGGGGUUGUUGGCAGACAGUGCUAGGCUAGAGCUGGGAAUAUGGAGAACAGGAUGGGGAAGAUGUGCAGGCAGGCAGGCAUUAGGGUUCUGCUGACAGGGCCAAAACGGGAGCUGAGCUGCACUCAGAAAAUGCUAAAGAUUUUUAUUUUCAUCCAGUCCUUCCUCAAGCAACUGUUGAUUGUGCACAGGCCUUUUACCAUAUCUUAUGUAGACGAAUUAGAUUCACUUCACAUGCAUUUGUUUAUUAUUUAAGCUACUUAAAGGGGGAACCUACCCAAUUUGCACUUUUGAAGCCAGCACAUAGCCAUCCUUUGAAAUUCACACAAUUCCAAAUUUUGCAAUGCAGUUCUCCAGCCAAGUAAAGUUUGCAAAUGCCCAUGCUAGGCUGAAGUGUUUCCCACAUAAAAUGUGAUAUGUUAAAAAUCCAUUUCCAACGCAUUGAUUAGCUCAGUCAGCAGAGCAUUAAACUAUUAAUCUCAGGGUCGUAGGUUUGAGCCCCACAUUGGGCAAAAUAUUCCUGCAUUGCAGGAAGUUGGACUUGAUUAUCCUAGUGGUCUUUCCCAACUCUAUAACUCUAUGAUGCUAUGAUGCUAAGAUCCCAUUUGCAAUACCAAGCUCCCAUCUAGAAGCAACUCCUGAAGUGUCUGAGAUGCAAUAUCAGUUUGGUCAGGAAGGCAGCCACACCCGUGGGUCAUGGCAGGUCCACAAGUUAGUUCAGAUACUGCAGAUGUGCCUUGAAUUCUGCCCACUAAGUGACUACCUAGUAUGAACAGAGAAAUCCGUCAAUUUCAGUUCCUUCUAUUUCUCACUUAGGGACGCAGGUGGCGCUGUGGGUUAAACCACAGAGCCUAGGGCUUGCUGAUCAGAAGGUUGGCGGUUCGAAUCCCUGUGACGGGGUGAGCUCCCGUUGCUCGGUCCCUGCUCCUACCCACCUAGCAGUUCAAAAGCACGUCAAAGUGCAAGUAGAUAAAUAGGUACCGCUCGGGCAGGAAGGUAAACGGUGUUUCCAUGCGCUGCUCUGGUUCGCCAGAAGCGGCUUAGUCAUGCUGGCCACAUGACCCGGAAGCUGUACGCCGGCUCCCUCGGCCAAUAAAGCGAGAUGAGCGCUGCAACCCCAGAGUUGGUCACGACUGGACCUAAUGGUCAGGGGUUCCUUUACUUUAUUUCUCACUUUCCUAAAUCCAGAUCUCCACAUAUCCACAGCAAUAUGUGGGUUAUGUGUGUUUUUUUCAAAGCUCAUGGAAAUUUGUCAGCAUUUUAGUAUGAGCCUCUCUUAAAAUACUUUUUCAUGUAUAAUUUUAAGUAACACACACAUUUUUGCAAGUAAUUCCCCCUUGUAUAAUGCAUUUUAAUGUUUUUGUUGUGGUGUGUUUUUAUGCACUCUUCCCCCUUACAUAUGCAUCAGGGUUAUUCUUUAGAACUGCAUUGCAACAUUUGAAGAAGUGGGCAUUUUGAAGCUGAAUUCUCCUGCGGUGCACAGAUUGGUUCAAAACGUGCAUAUUAGGUCAUUUCCCAUUAACGUGCAAACAAAACACGACUUCUCCCCAGUCCAGACUGCCUGCUCCGCCUUCUGGCUUCUGUUAAGCAGCAGUGAUCUGGCUUCAGCCUUAAAUGUCCUACCAUUAAAAAUAAAUAAUAUAGAACCCCCAUAGUUUCUCAAACUUUCUUUUAGAUGUACAAAGUCUUGUCACUUGUCCGUAUCUUAGGACUGAAGACUAGGGGGUGGGGGGGGAUACAGUUCAAGCUGGGAAGAAUCCCAAAAGCCUUUAAGAUUCGUCAGCACUUUCAGACUAGUUGGUGGUUAUUUAAAAACUACCAGAACUGCAUUAACGUAAUUAAUAGCAGGCAGGGUAAAAACCACACAUUUCCUCUCGCAUGUUGUUCCUUUUUGCCCCCUCCACUGGUUCCACAUACAGAACCCAACGCAGCUGCUGCUGAAUCUUGCUUCGGCACUAGCAAUGGGAAAAAACAUACCCUAUCUCUUCUGGGGGCACCAGGCCAGCUUAGGGGCCCCAGAACAGCUUAGUUUCAGGGACUGAGGGGCAGCUACCACCCUGGCAUUGGAUAUCUGAGGCAGCUCUCCCUCUCUCUACCUAAUAGUAGGACCGGCCCUGUUUGGAAGGGAUUUCCAAACUUUUGUCCCCACCACGGUUGCAAUUUGCAGAAACAACCAUUGGUACUAGUGGCUUAUUUUUCAAGAUAGCAGCUAUGCAAAGGUAGAAAUGCCACCUCAGAUUGGGCCCUCAGCCUCUCAGCUAAUUCACCAGCUGAUCUAAUUAACCCUCAGCCCAUGCCAUGGACUACUUCAUCGGUUGCCUUUUCCAUCCCCAUUAUCCAAUUUUAGACCAGGGAUAAAAUAUAGGUCCUCAGGCCCGGGGACCCUAGGUGGCCCUCUGGGCCUCUCUAUGUGGCCCUUGGGGCUUUCCUUCCCAGGCCACACUCCUUCCUGGCCCUGCUUUUCUUCCUCCUUGCCCAGAUGGAAUGUGUCUUGCUUGAACUCUUGCUUGCCUUGACAGAGGAUAGAGAGGAAUGUUUGAGUGUAAGUGGAAACCAGCCUACUGUUCCAAGGUCAAAUUCACCCUUAUUGGUCUGCUCGAUUUACCUCUGGCCCCGACCACCAGUGGCCCUCAGAAGGAAAUGUGGCCCUCAGGUUGGAAAAGGUCCUCACUGGUGCUUUAGAAUAUCAGCUUUUUGGACCUGAAAGCGGUCGCUUCUUUGGCUUAGGGCAGCUGUCUCACUUAAUGCCACUACCAAGCUGCUCCACAUUUGUUUGCAGACACCCUGCUCUACGCAGUGCUUCCCCUCCCAGAGAAAUGGUGAAUUUGAUAAGCCUUCAAAAGAAGCAUCCCUUUGACACCUCUCAUUCCUCCUAUAGGCUACUCAUCCAGAAGCACUCUGAAGGUGUCUGAAGCUGCUGGCGAAGCGUUCCGGACCGAAACGAGGCAGGAAAUGGCUCUUGCUGCGGCAACUCUUUCGCCUGCGCCACCUUCUUGGUCCACACCAAACAGAUCCCAGUUGUUGCAAGAAAUCCAGACCAGGUGAGAUGCAUGGGUUUUCCUCAAGCUCCAAGGCCCAGCACAAAACACCCGGGCGCUGGGGGCCUUGGGCUACCCUCUAAUGACACUCUUGCCAUUGGCAUAACCCUAAGAUUCUCCCUCUUCUGCACAAGCAUGAUACAGAACAGCUGUGCAAAACAGGGAGAGCUUAUUCCUUAAAGGCCAUAGGAUAGGCAGUUUCUUUUAGGGAGGAGUCAACACACUUCUCAAGCCAAUGGGAAGGCUGGGAAGGAGCUUCCGUGUUAUUACAGCUCUGUGCUGUCUUAAUUCUUCACGGGAUUGUGGUUAUGAUGCUUUUUCUUCUUGGCAUUCACAGUGUUUAGAAUCAUAGGGCUCUUAAGCUCUGGGACUACUCGAUUGGUAGAGCAUGAGACUUAAUAUCAGGGAUGUGGGUUCAAGCCCUGCAUUGGGCAAAAGAUUCCUGCAUUGCAGGAGGUAGAUGAUCCUAGUGGUCUCUUCCAACUCUGCAAUUCUAUGAUUCUAUGAUCAGAGGAGGUUCUGCUUCCCCCCUUGGCAGUUCCAAGUCCUCCCCAGCCUCCACUGAGGCUCUUUUCUCUGCAGAAAAUUGGGGGGAGAACCAGCACCCAUGCUCCCUCUUCCAAAGUGGCUGAAGUCAGGGAAGAUAGGGAAGAUCCAUUCCUCCUCCUGUCCACAUUCCCACCAUUCAGCCUCCUCCUUUUGCUCCUUCAUCCUCCUGCAUCAGUGCCUUUCAAUCAACAUCUGAUCCCAGCAGCCCCUUGGGGCUCAUGACAGCUCCCGCCUCUUCCUGCCAUUCUUUAAGCAACUGGAGAAUCAAUUCAUCUCUUUCUCACAUGGCAGCUUAUAAAUCUGCCAGCGCCUCCUGACACCACCUGUGCUGUUGUUUGGGCAGGAUUUUCUUGGAGAAGCACGCCAGCGAGAUGGUGCACCUUGAGCUGUCCUUGAUGGCUGAGGAAAUCAACAUGAUCUCUUGCUUUUGCGAAUCCUCCAAGCUGAGAAAGGACCUGGUGAGAGAGCUGUCUGUCACAGAGACGGGUGAUGGGCAAGAGAAAGAAUUUGCUCUAUGGAGUUUCCUCCAGUAAAUGAGAUCUUUGAAGGUGGAUGAUUGGUCUUGAUGCUCAGCAUCCAAUUAUCUGGAAUGGUUGCAUGAAUCAAAAAUGGUGCUAUGGUUCCAUCCCCAAUAUCUCCAGGUAGAUUUGGAAAAGAACCCUGGAGAACAACUGUCAAUCAGUGUAAAGACUGGAAAAGGGAUUGGGAAUCUGUGGCCCUCUAAAUGUUGUAGGACUCCACCUUCUAUUAUCCUUGACCAAGGGCCAUGCUGAUGGGAGUGGGAGUCCAACAAGAUCUGGAGAGACAAAGCUUCGUUUCUGAGCACAAUUCAAAGUGUUGGUGCUGACCUUUAAAGCCCUAAACGGCCUCAGCCCAGUAUACCUGAAGGAGCAUCUCCUCCCCCAUCAUUCAGCCAGGACACUGAGGUCCAGCUCCGAGGGGCUUCUGGCAGUUCCCUCCCCACAAGAAGUGAGAUUACAGGGAACCAGGCAGAGGGCCUUCUUGGUAGUGGCACCCUCCCAUCAGAUGCCAAGGAAAUAAACAACUACCUGACUUUUAGAAGACAUCUGAAGGCAGCCCUGUUUAGGGAAGUUUUUAAUGUUUGGUGUUUUAUUGUAUUUCUCAUAUUCUGUUAGGAGCAGCGGGAAAACCCAGCCAGAUGGGCAGAGUAUAAAUAAAAUAUUAUUAUUAUUAUUAUUAUUAUUAUUAUUAUUAUUAUUCCCAACCCCUGGUGGUUCCCCCACCCCAACAGCCUGACCCUGAAUAAGGCAGCUCCCUACAUCCUGAUGUCUUUACUGAAACCUAAAAGCAUGAAAUCCAAUUUCCUGAUAAAGUCUAAUUUACUAGUUCACACUGGAGUCUUGUUGAGUGAUAGUGACUUCUCCAGGUUAGCAGCAAAGGCUGAAGAAGGUUCUUCCACUGCCACCCGAAUGUUGACAUUUUUAAUAUCUGUUUUGUGCUCAUUGAUCCCUUUGCAUCAAGAAAUUGACCUUAUUGCCCUGUGCUUCCCAUAUCCCUAUAUUUCCAGGGAAUGACACAAAGGCAUAACUUGGGAGCGGCCAACAACUGGGACAGCCUCCUGAAGGAGCUGGCUGAGUAUCACCAGCAUGCUGAAGAAGAGCUUAGACAGCAGCACUGGGAAGAAAUUAAAUGUGCCGGGCUCAGCCCCGAGGAAAGAACCCUCAAAGACGGGGCUUUAUUCUCUCUGGAAGAAAUCCUGCAGAAUCUUGCGUCGCUGGGUGCCAACCUCCAAAAAGCAGGGGCCCCCUCUAGAUUAAGCCUUGCAAAAGCAAACAGUGUGAGUUGCAACUCCCAGAGUCCUGGGCUUAGCAGACUCCUGUCUUCAUUCCCUUUUUCUGUAACCUGUGUUAUUCAAUGACAGGCUGGUGUGGAUGCAUUUGGCAGAGAGGUGGGUUGGGUUCGAUCGGUGCAUGGAUAUUAUGGGGAGAGGGAAAGGUACAGAGACUUUGGGGAAAGGGCCAUAGCUUAGCUGUAGAGCACAUAUAUAAACAAAUACUCAUCCCUACUGGGUUUCCCAUUGUCAUAGCUCUAGAUCCAGCACAGAGAGCAAGACAAGCCCCAGUGCCUCUUCUUCUCAACUCAACGUUCUAGGCUGCUAGUUCUUUGUUCUCCUUCACUGGCCCACAGAGCUCGAAAACACCACCUCCAGCCAACAGUAGGAGAAAGGUCCAAUUUGGACCACACUUCACAAAACAAGGCAGAUCCCUUACAGACUUGGCUGGAAUCAUCAACUUAGCAAAGAGAUUGGUUUGACCACUUUAGCAGUCCUUUAUUCUUUGCAGAAACCCCAUUCCAGGGGGACAAAAGCACAGGCUUGGUGGGGACCCCCGAGGAUGACAUCUAAACUAAAAAAUAUGGUUUUAUAUAUACUGGAAGCCACCCAGAGUGGCUGCCGAAGGCCAGCCAGAUGGGCAGGGUAUAAAUAAUAAAAAUUAUUAUCAUUAUCAUUAUCAUUAUCAUCAUCAUCAUCAUCAUCAUCAUCAUCAUCCCCCCUGGGAAAAACAAUGCCCUUACAGCAAUGUUAUCUUUUGCUCUGCAGGAAACUCAAACUUUGGAGAGCAAGCUGGGCAGAGGCUCAGUGGCUCAGAAACUGCGAGCCAUGGCAAGCAAGAUAGUGAAGCAAGAAGCUAUGAAGCAAAUGUGGAUACACAGAGUUCUGGAUUGUUACAACCAUCUCCAGGUACAGCCCAGCCUCUUGUUUCAGAGGAAGGACCAUAGCUCAGUGACAGAACACCUGCCUUGCAUGCAGAAGGUCCCAGGUUCAAUGGUCGACAGCUCCAAGUAGGGCUGGGAGGGAACCUUCUCUGAAAAUCUGGCUGCCUGCCAGUGUAGAGAAUACUGAGCUAGAUGGACCAAGUGUCUGACUCAGGCCAAGACAGCUUCCUAUGUUCCUCCGCAUCAGUUCUCCUACUUUUAAUGGGUAACUAUAUCCUGUAUAGGGACGUGAGUGGCGCUGUGGGUUAAACCACAGAGCCUAGGGCUUGCCGAUCAGAAGGUUGGUGGUUCGAAUCCCCAGGACGGGGUGAGCUCCCAUUGCUCGGUCCCUGCUUCUGCCAAUCUAGCAGUUUGAAAGCACGUCAAAGUGCAAGUAGAUAAAUAGGUACCGCUCCGGCGGGAAGGUAAACAGCGUUUCCGUGCGCUGCUCUGGUUCGCCAGAAGCGGCUUAGUCAUGCUGGCCACAUGACCCGGAAGCUGUACGCUGUCUCCCUCGGCCAAUAGAGCGAGAUGAGCACUGCAACCCCAGAGUCGGUCACGACUGGACCUAAUGGUCAGGGGUUCCUUUACCUUUACCUUUAUACCCUGCAUGCACUAUCUUCAUGAGUUGUUCUAACUUUGCUCGGUUGCAGCUCCUCCCAUGGUGACGCCACUGUUAACAUUGGUGUGAAUUUCUCUACUUUCUGCCCCAAGAGAUGGAGCUGUCCAGAAGACGUAUUACAGGUUCUGGAUAACUUAUGCUACACAGCUACAGGGGAAACGGUAGCCCGUGAGGUGUCCCAGUCAGCUGAGCAACAUCAGGUGGAGAGAGUGAUGACCUUUCUCCAAAAGUCCUCUAAGGAAGGGGAAAUACUUGUCUCUUUCAAAGAAAUGGAUGAAGCUGAGCUGAGGAAGCUACAGGCACUGAUCCAAACGGAACUGCAAACACAGAUAGAGGAAAAGGUACAGAAACUGCGCUACAUUGGCCUGGCUGCAUCCAGAUGUGGCUGUCAGGCUUUGGGGAAACAGCUUCCUCCCUCCCUUUGGCUGUGGAUAAGCAGAACAAAGCAAAAAUAGUCUCUUGCCGUUUAAAGAGAUUUUAAUGAUCACAGCAAAAGAACAGAGUCCAUUCUUGGAGUGAAGGUGCUCCCAGUUAAGGUUUCCACCCACUCCACCCCAAGUCACCUGAGUCACUUCCUCGUCUUGCAAUCUGAUCUCGCAACCACUGUGCCUUCUGUGGAGCUACCUUAUCUAAUCUCCUUGACCUUGGACUGAUCGGCUGGACACUUUCUAGCGAACCGGACUCUGUUCUCUCUCUCUCUCUCUCUCUCUCUCUCUCUCUCCCAGUUCUUUUUCUCCCAGCUAUUCACUACCCAGUUCUUCCUAACUUUUGUCUUCUGAACUCUGUCCCUCUGCAAACCACUGCUCCAAAUCUAUACUGUCCCACUGCUCCUGAGAAAAUUCAGGAUCCUGAUCCGGAGCAGGGGGGAGGCUCCCACCCUCCUCAGCAUGGUCCCUGACAGUGCCCCAAACUCAGGAUUCAUCUGUAACGUGUCAGGAAAAGGCAACAGCUAGAGGUAGAACACCGACUCUGCAUGCAUAAGGUCUGCAUGCAAUGGUCUGACUCUGCGAUUAUCCACACUUGCCUUUCAUCCACUCUUCCCUUCAUCCUUUUAAAAAUGGUUUAACAAGGGUUUCUCAAUGUUUCCUCCAGCUGGAGGCCAAAGAAAUGGAAGCGAUUCAGGAGGUGGCCAAGCAGACCCCAGGCCCCGCGGCUGCUGAACAAUUGGCGUAUUUUCUCCUGACUCAGAGGCAUCUACGGCAAACAGUCUUGGUAUCGGAAGGUAUCUCGAGGCUUCAAAAAGCAGGCCCCAGAACACCAGGCGAUGAGAGCUCCACAGAAGACCUUGCUCAGGAGGUAGGGACAUGUGUUCCUGCCAAUGGACGUCUCUAAGAUAUUUUUGAUAGUGGAGAAGAAUGGCUGUCAAAAUUGCAGCAUUGUGCAGAUACUACAGGUCAGCUACUCUGAGUGCUGGAAGAUUGACAGGAUGUAAAGCUCUCUUAUAUUUAGCUUCAGCCAGCCUUCAGCAGCCUUUUGCUCUCCAAUUGUUUUGGACUACAACUCCCAUACAUUUCAGCCAGGGGGCAGCCACUGGGAAGGCCCUGUCCCUCAUUUGAUUCAGCGGGGGGCACCCAGAGCAGGGGAUCUUAUGGUUCAGGUAGGUACAUAUGGGAGAAGGUGAUCUUUCAGGUAACCUGGCACCAAGCAGGUACCUUUGAAUGUCAGUUGCAGGGCAGCAGAAAGCAGGGGAGGUCUGUUUGCUUGUCAGCUUCCCAGAGGCUGAGCACAGUUGAAGGCAAGAUUCUAUGCUAGAUAGAAUGCACGCAGCAAAGCUCUUCUAUUGCUCUCUUUAAACAAAAUAAAAGAGGGUGGUAUUGAUCGUAUUGAAUCUGGCCCUUUCUGUGUUUCAGGAGCUGCUUGUGGAUGAAGAGAUGAAGGACAUUGUUCAGCUGCUGAAGGGGAAAAAGGAGUAUGAGGACUCCAUGCUGGAGCUGCAACACACAGCACAGUUGCUGCAGUUGAGGGAGAGGCAAUUUCAAGAGAUGGUCCAAAUGCUGAAGGCUCACUCCUCAGACAAGGUGACAAUGAACUGACAUUAUUAUGAUGCAUUGAAAUUACAUCCUGCUCUUCCUCCCCAAGCAGCCCAGGGUAGCAAACAGACACUUUAGAAACAAAAAAGAAAGCAAAAACAGUAAAUACAUAUAUAUAUAUCAAAAAACCAUUACAGUGGUACCUUGGGUUAAGAACUUAAUUCGUUCUGGAGGUCCGUUCUUAACCUGAAACUGUUCUUAACCUGAGGUACCACUUUAGCUAAUGGGGCCUCCCGCUGCUGUGCGAUUUCUGUUCUCACCCUGAAGCAAAGUUCUUAACCCGAGGUACUAUUUCUGGGUUAGCGGAGUCUGUAACCUGAAGCGUCUGUAACCUGAGGUACCACUAUAGAAGGUUUGCUGUUGCAGCUCACUUCCUGUUUGCACUGGCUUGUCCUCUGCUACCUCCCAAAGCAGCCAGUUUGUGUUAUGCCUCGUGGCAGCCAUUUUGAAUGCUACUCACAGCCUUUCCUCAAAAUUCCAAGUGUGCCCACUGACCUGCGAAGACUCACAAGCCCUACAUUAACAGUGACUAUUUUUGCUGACUCCUCUGCUAACCUAACCACUGCCUAUAUCCUGUCUUUCUCUCUCGCUGUUGCAAUGUGGCCUUCAAACAGCAGCGCCUGGAGGAUGCUCGCCAGAUAGCCAGUGGACUGCAGGACUUCAGGAAGCAGAAAACCAGAGAGCUGGCAGAGCUGCUGAGAACUUACCUGCUGGGCAGCCAGAAGGCAAAAGAGGGAACCUCAAGCAAUCCCAGUCCCCCCCAGGUAGAAUUGCCGUGGAAGCCACUGGUUUUCUGCAGGGAAGAUUCAAAUGAGGUUGCCAAAUGAGAAGAAGUAAAUCACUUCUUGUUUCUUAAAAAAAAUUAAUUAAAAGUCAUGGUUUCUUUCUGCCCUGCAGAGUGAAAGUCCUCCUCUAGAAAAAAAAGGUAAAGGAGGAAAAGGAAAAGAGAAAUGGGUGGAUUCCCAAGAAGCUCGGUUGGUGGAGCUGGAGGAAUCUUACCGGGAGCAAAUACUGGAAGAGAAAGCCAAACUGGAGGAUCAGCUGGAAAGAGGGGAAAUGAAGAAGUGGUCAAAGCAGGUGGGAGCAGGAGGGCUGGCCCUCCUCCAAAGUGAAUGAACAUUGUCAUUCAAAUGGUGUUCAUGCACCACGUCAUGUGAUCGAUUAUGUGGGGCGGGGCUUACCUGGGCACUCCAAUAUUUUUUUCCAAGUUGGCACCCCUGCAUGACUUCUACACACACAAAAUGUAGUUCUGUGUCACUGAAGGAGAUACUGUAGUUCCUGGCUUCUGCAGUUUCCAGUAUUGUGAGGUCUAUUAAAGAGGCUCAGAGCAUUAUGCAGAAAUGUCUCUAGUCUGCCCCAGCUGGACUCCAGGAGGUAGAGGGUCAGGACUCACAGAUAUUUAGAGGGAAUGCAGACAGCAACUCAGGGCUUAACCCUUAUUCUUGUUAGAAACUGAUCAGAGAACAUGAUGAGACGGUGACCUUUCUGGGCAAGGCGUUUCGCCAAGAUGUGCACAAGCUCAGAGGGAGGAUGGAGAAAGAUCAAAGGAGAAAAUACUCAGGUCAAGAAGACGGAAAUUCUCUGACGUCUGAAGCUGCCUCUUUGCCGGGACAAAACCAACCCAGCCUGGCUGAAGACAGAGUUCUCUCCCUCUUGGCAGAAAGUAAGUCUCCUUGGCUGCUAACAGAAAGUUAAGCCAGCCUUGUCACUCAUCCAUGGCUCAGUGAGCACUUUCAAAAUAAAGUGAGUGACACUCAGUGAUGGAAGCUGAGGCUUCAAUCACAUAAAUGGAGAGACCUUCAUUGGUUGCUAGCAAAGCUGAUGAUUUCGGAGUUGUUGUCUCAGACCAAUAGCCCAAUCUGAAGUUUGUUUACUUGGGUCAUGUUAAUGCCAUGCAUUUUAAACACUAUUAUACCACUUUAACAGCCAUUUAAAGACAAUUAUGGGAGCUGUAGUUUGCUAAGGAUGCUGAGACCUGCUAAGAGGUGUCCAAUCGUCGUCGUCCCAGCUACAAUUUCCAGAGAGGUUUAAAAAGAACCCCUCAGGGAUCUCUGGAAAUUGCAGCUCUGUGAAAGGACUAGGUUGUUGUUGUUGUUUAGUCGUUUAGUCGUGUCCGACUCUUCAUGACCCCAUGGACCAGAGCACGCCAGGCACUCCUGUCUUCCACUGCCUCCCGCAGUUUGGUCAAACUCAUGCUGGUAGCUUCGAGAACACUGUCCAACCAUCUCGUCCUCUGUCGUCCCCUUCUCCUUGUGCCCUCCAUCUUUCCUAACGUCAGGGUCUUUUCCAGGGAGUCUUCUCUUCUCAUGAGGUGGCCAAAAUAUUGGAGUCUCAGCUUCAGGAUCUGUCCUUCCAGUGAUUACUCAGGGCUGAUUUCCUUCAGAAUGGAUAGGUUUGAUCUUCUUGCAGUCCAUGGGACUCUCAAGAGUCUCCUCCAGCACCAUAAUUCAAAAGCAUCAAUUCUUUGGCAAUCAGCCUUCUUUAUGGUCCAGCUCUCACUUCCAUACAUCACUACUGGGAAAACCAUAGCUAGGUACCAAAGGACUAGGUACCUCCUAGCAACUCUCAGCACCUUUAGCAAACUACAGCUCCCAUAAUUCUUAGGGGAAGUCAUGUCUAUUUGAAUGUAUGGUGUAAAUGUGGCAUUGGUCAACGAAUCCCAUGGGGUCAUAGCCAUUUCCAGAGCAGCAUGCUGAGCCCUCUCCAGAACUACUUUCUCUCACUCUCAAUUUCGGUUUCUCCCACUUUUUCCUUUCUUAAGUUCAGUUCACCUCAUUUAUGCAUCAGUAUGCAAAUUAUCAAGCAAAAAAUCUGCAUGAAAAUACAAGUGCAUUUUCGGGCACAUUUUUUAGCAACAUAAGUUGUUUAGCUCAGCAUUACCUACACUGACAGGCAGCAGCCAUCCAGGAUUUCAGGCAAGAAGCAUUUCCAGCAAUACAUGGAGAUGCUGGGAUUGAAUUUGGGAUCUUCUGUAUGCAAAACCAGUGCUCUACUACUAAGCUACAGCCCUUCCCCUGACAGUUUUUUCCUAAUAUAUAUGUACAUGUUUUUCCCGUGAUAUCAGCCUUACACAAGCUUUUUGAUGCUGUUUUUGAUUGGGAAAUGGCAUCAUCAAGUUUGGAGGAGUGUGAAUCUCAAGGAUAGUUGCAUUAAGAAGAGAAAUGAACUAUUUCCCACCCCACAGACAGGAGGGGUGGCAGAGAUAUGAAUGUGUCUACACCAUUCUUUGUCUUAGAUCACACUAACUAGAUUAAUAAUAAAUAAUAAUAAUAAAAAUUUAUUUAUAUCCGGCCCGUCCCAGCCGAAGCUGGGCUCAGAGCGGCUAACAACAGUAAAAUAAUACAGCAUUCUAAAAUCAAUGCUCUUCCCUUGCAGAUAUCAAGGUCUUGAAGCAAACUGAACUCCUAGUGAGUUUACGAACCACCCUGCUGAAUCCUCGGUUCACAGCUCUUCUGUCUGGUAAGGCUUCCAAAGUGAUUGUUGUCACAUCAUCUGAUGCUAUGUCUUACUUUUGCAAAGGAUUGAAGGCUCCUGUGCACUCUGGAACGAGCUAUAUUGCAUAUGUUAGUUAUGAAAUGCGCCCUGUGAGUAGCCAAACUUGGCCAAAAAAAACACCUGCCAACAAGCAAUGUGAAUUCUCUUCCUGUUUGUGUAGAUAGCAAUGGAGCUGGUGGUAUGACAUCUUCCAAGCUCCUUGCUCUUCUGAAGGAUGUGAAUUGCCAAAUCCAAAAGUGUGCAGCGGCAGUUGGACUGCUGGACGUCCAUCGUCCGGAAUAUGGUAAUUCCUUUGCAUUGCACUCUCUGUUCUGCUUUCAGUAGACAAAGGCUUCAGCACCAUGGACAGGUUCUUUUCUGGAGGGAGGCUACUGGAUCAACAGCUUGAUUGGGGCCUUGGUUCAUUGCCUUUGAAGAUAUAACAGCUGUUCUUGCUCUCUGCCCCACCCGACCCCUCUGUCCAUCUGUCUGUCUGUCUGUCUGUCUCUCUCUCUCUCUCUCUCUCUCUCACACACACACACACACACAAUAUAGCUACACCACUUUUACUCUUGUGUCUUAUCUCUGUGGCCUUCUCCUUCUCCUCUCUGCUGCCCACUUCCUUUUCAAACCAUCCCAAAUUCUUUUAAGAAUUGACACAUCAGUACAAAUCAAGUACCGUAUUUUUCGCUCUAUAAGAUGCACCAGACCACAAGACACACCUAGUUUUUGGAGGAGGAAAACAAGAAAAAAAAAUAUUCUGAAUCUCAGAAGCCAGAACAGCAAGAGGGAUCACUGCACAGUGAAAGCAGCAAUCCCUCUUGCUUUUCUGGCUUCAGGGAUAGCUGUGCAGCCUGCAUUUGCUCCAUAAGACGCACACACAUUUCCCCUUACUUUUUAGGAGAGAAAAAGUGAGUCUUAUAGAGCAAAAAAUAUGGUAAUUCAUGAACACUUGAUAUGCAUCCUUUUAUCCUUAAAAGAAGUAUUUUAUUUUUGUCUCUGUUGCUUUAAUUGAGGGACUUUGAAAUGCAUCAGCCUAUAUUGUACAAACAAGCAAAAGUAGUUAAAAUGAAAUACCCAAGAGAACAAAUGUAUUUUGGUUCAUGUUUGUAUUUCCUUGCAGAUAAAGUAAAUUCUUUUCAGGAUAUAAUGGACACUCAGAUGGUCCCUAAAUCCAGAGAUCUUGUCCCUCUGCUCACAUCAACCCUUUCUGCGAGGGAAUUUGUCGUGUACCAAUACGGAAUGGUGAUCCUGAAAUUCCUCAGGCCUCAUAUUGGCGUAAGUGUUCACAAUAUUUUUCAGGGAAACAAUCCCAUGGUGUGUACGAUGGUACGCUUUGCAUGGAACCCAGCAAUUUGAGCAGAAUCUUGAAAAAAAUAUUGAGUUUUAAUGGCUCUGGACUGAAACAUAUGCAGAGGAAUACAGUGGUACCUCGGGUUAAGAACUUAAUUCGUUCUGGAGGUCCAUUCUUAACUUGAAACUGUUCUUAACCUGAGGUACCACUUUAGCUAAUGGGGUCUCCCGCUGUUGCCGUGCCACCACUGCACAAUUUCUGUUCUCAUCCUGAAGCAAAGUUCUUAACCCGAGGUACUACUUCCGGGUUAGUGGAGUCUGUAACCUGAAGCAUCUGUAACCUGAAGCAUCUGUAAUCUGAAGUGUCUGUAACCCGAGGUACCACUGUAAUGCCAUCUUCUACUCAUGCUACUUUUGUGCCACCCCACCCCAAGAAUUCCAAAAGCAAGAAAAGAGCAACAAUGGUGCUAUUCAUUUAAAGCACUGAGAGACAGUAUUUCUUCUCUUAACACAGCCUUCGCAAACAUGGUGCCCUCCAGAUGUUGUUUGACUACAAUGCCCUUCAUCCCUGACCAUUGGCCAUGCUGGCUGCUGGUUCUGCUGAGCGCUGGAGUCCAACAACAUCUGCAGCACCGGGAAGACGAAGGCUGCCUUAGCUGUCCAUCACUCCACAUGGCUCCCAGUUCAUAUCACUCUCUCCCUAAAGACUUUAUUCCUUUUCGUCUGCAAGUUCUGUGAGCUUCAGCCCUUCUGUGAUGUAUUGCAACAAUGGAAAACCUCCCCCAAAGAAAUGGCCAAGUUAGCCCUCCAAAACAUUGAGCAAAGUGGUUUGAUUUCAUGUCUGUAAUUAAAGAACAGGCAGAUUGAACAUGAGGGAUGUUUUGUAUUUGAGAAAGUGGCAGUCUUAUUCUAAAUUUUGAUCAGAUGUGGCUUGUGCUUUGGACGUACAGUGCACCAGAGAGGCAAAGCAUAUCCAUAACAGAUGGUUUUCUUUCAAUGUUAGGCACCAGAGAUUGAUCUGUGUGUUGCUUCCAGCAUUCCUUCCAGCAACACACCAGGAAAUGCCUUCCGGAACUCUUUCCAUUAUCAGGUACGUCCUCUUGACAGAGGGAAUCUUCUCCAAAACAAAAUGAAGAACAAAUGUCCCACGUAAAUGAAUGUAUGGACCUUCCUUACAUCAUGUCAGGCCUUUGGUCCACCUGGGGGAGGUGUGGGGAACCUCAGACCCAAAGGAUAAGUGUCCAAGCCUCUCUAUCUGGCCAUGGGACUCUAGCUGCCAGGUACUUGGAAGCAUCCCAUAAUGAAUUUUGACAUGUGGGAGGGACAACUGGCCUGUCAAUCAUGUGGUGUCACAUUAUUGAUAUACUGUAGUUGACAUGUGGGUUGUUCUGCCCAUCUGUCAAAGGUGGCCCUUAGGAUGGGACCAAAUACCAGGUGCAGGUCCCAGCACCAAAAAGUUUAUCCACUCCUUAAAGUAUGGAAUUCACUCCCACUAGACGUAAUGUUAGCCAGCAACUUAGAAAGCUUUAAAAGGGUAUUAGAAAAUCCCUGGGUGGUAUCACUGGUUGCUAGUUGUAGUGGCGGUGUCCUCCUGUCAGGCUUUGGGGAAUCAGAUCCCUCUCCUGGUGGCAGUAAAUAAGCAGAUCAAACGAAAGGAGCGUUCUUACCAGGUAAGUUCUUUAAUAAUCACAGCGAGAGACAAAGGAAUGCAUCUCUCUCUAAAAAAGGGCAUUGCUCCCAGUAAAGGUUCACCCUCUCCGUCCCCAUUAAUCUACGUCACUCCUAUGUUGGGUAAUCUGAGCUUGUUGGCGCUGCGCUUUCUGUUCUAUCACUCUCAUAGCCCGUCUAGUCUUAGGUGAAGGGAGGUCAAGAAAGGAUUCUAAAGACAGUGAAUCUGCCAGCUGUCUCUCUCCUGCUGUUUCCUCUUCUAGCUGUUCCUCACCCAGUAUUUCCCAGCUUUCCCCCUCUGGACUAUGCCCCUCUGCAAACCGCUGUUCUAAAUCAAUACUGCCCUCCUGCCAUUGGGAAGGUUCAGAAAAGGGGGAGUGCAGCUCCCACCAUUCCUCCUCAGUCCAGUCCCUGACACCUCCUCUGCUAUUGGAGACAGUGUGCCUCUGAAAACCAGUCACCGGGGGACACAGGUGAGACAGUGCAAUUGUGGUCACCUCCUGCUUGCAGGCUUCCCAUAAUGGGCAUCUGGUCGGCCACUGGGAGGACAGAGCACUGAGCCAGAUGGGCCUUUGAGUCAGGCUCUUCUUGUGAAUUCUGAGAAAGGAAAGAGGGAGAGAAAGAGGGAGAGAGGGAGGGGGGGCACAGAAGAUUGGAGAGCUUUAUAAGUAUCAAAAGCCUGAAGGCGAAGGACCUUGAGCUAAAAGCAUCAGUCCUCAGUCUCUCUCAUGUGUUCAGUAUUUACCUAUUUAUUUAAAUGUUGCCUUUUCGCCUUCCUUAGACCUCUGGCAACAAACUGUUCGUUCUAAGGGAGUGCCUGAGUUGCGUGGGCAGUUUUAUCCUGCUUCUUGUUCACUGCCUGGCCCACAUCACUGCCGAAGACCUCAGCCAGGAUUCCAGCCCAGCUUUUCGGAGGCUCUUUUACCAGGUACAAAGCAGUCAUAACCGCGCUGUAAAUCUGUGGACACUUAAAGUGCCUGGUAGUUAAAGGUUGGGACGCGGGUGGCGCUGUGGGUUAAACCACAGAGCCUAGGACUUGCCGAUCAGAAGGUCAGCAGUUCGAAUCCCCGCGACAGGGUGAGCUCCCAUUGCUCGGUCCCUGCUCCUGCCAACCUAACAGUUCGGAAGCACAUCAAAGUGCAAGUAGAUAAAUAGGUUCCGCUCCGGCGGGAAGGUAAACGGUGUUUCUGUGCGCUGCUCUGGUUCUCCAGAAGCGGCUUAGUCAUGCUGGCCACAUGACCCGGAAGCUGUAUGUCGGCUCCCUCAGCCAAUAAAGCGAGAUGAGCGCCGCAACCUCAGAGUCGGCCACGACUGGACCUAAUGGUCAGGGGCCCCUUUACUUUUACUAGUUAAGGGUUGGCGGCCCCUUGGGUGAGACUCCAGGUGUGAGCAGACUGGGAAAGAGCAAUGUGGCAUCCAUCUGUGAAUUCCUGUCAUGGAGAAGCUAGUAAAAGUGUUCCCUGGACCCACGCAAAGAAAACAGGGACCAGAACCUCACAUAACUAUACUGCUGAGCUGCUGUGCCCAGGGUCAGUGUGUCAUUUCUGUUAAUAUAUAUAGUUUAUAUGCAGCAGCAGUUAAUAUUAGUUAAAUGAAUCCUUUACUUGGAGCACACCCUCAGUUGAACAGUAUUCAGAUUGACACUUUGUAUAAAAUAAGGAAGUUUGUGUUUAUUAAAGGAAGUACAUUCUGGAUAGGAAAGAAUUCUAUAGCUCUAGCUAACUGUCUGUUUGGAGAAGCAAAGCAGCCAUGCUUGCCCCUUUGUUCUCAGAAGAUAGAUCCAAGAUGACCUCUUGUCUUGAGGUCCAGAGAAAGAAUGGGAGGAGGAGCAGGAAGCUAUAAACAGGAUGCAACCUAAGACAUAUCAGUCUAAACAUCGGAGAGAUAAAGAAAAGUCAUUGCAGGGAUAGUCACAGGGAUGGUUUGGGGUCUUCACCCAUGCAAACCCCUCCCAGCAAGCUGAAUUGCACCCAAACUUCCAACAAUUUCUAUGUGCAUCUGUAUGAAAAUCAGCAAGGGUUUUGGUGUGCUGCUUCCUUCCUAGCUCCUCUCUGUGUUUCAUUAAAAAAGCAGAGAUAGAAAUUUAGAAAACCAAGCAGGGUUGCUGUUAAUCUGGGCCCUGCCAGGCCUGUACAGGCAAACCUCAUUUUAUUGUGUUUCGCUUUACUGUAGUUUGCAGAUACUGCUUCUUACAAGGACAUGGGUGCAGCUGCAGAUCGCCUGCCCUGUGUCGUGGGUCCACACACACCCCGCCCCCGCCCCUACUACUCCUCUUCUCCAGUGGAUCUGUAGCCAGGUUUUUCCCUUUCCACCCCUAUAGACUACAGUAAAGUGUAAACAUAACUUUUAUAUGCAUUGGGAAACACAAAAAUGUGUGAGACUCACUCUACAGCCAUACCUCAGGUUACAGCCACUUCAGGUUGCAUUUUUUCAGGUUACACACCCACCAAAACCCGGAAGUACUGGAAUGGGUUACUUCCAGGUUUUGGCAGUCGCGCAUGCGCAGAAGCGCUAAAUCGCGUUUUGUGCGUGCGCAGAAGCACCAAAUUGCAACCUGCGUGUGCGCAGAUGCGCCGCUGUGGGUUGCAAACAUGCAUCCCGCAUGGAUCAUGUUUAAAACCCGAGCGUCCAAUGUAUUGCAAAAUUCAGUUCAUUGCAGUGGAGCCAAGCCCACAAUAUCUCUGAGGUAUAUGCAUCACACCCAGGGGUUAUGGUGUGCUUUGUGCACACAGUAGAACAGCCAUGAUGGGUGAAAAUGGAUUGUGUGUGUCUCUUCUGCAGAAGCUGCUUGGAUCUUUAUGCACCUAUUAUGCCCAGCAGUGGAAGUUGUAGGGGCUGCUUUUACAUACUCUGUUGUGCACAUUCCCUUUAGCCUGCGCCACAAUUCACAGUGCCUUUCAGUGCCAGCCACCUGAAUAUAUUUUUUUUAACACUUUAAAAUAUCUGCACUUCCUCUGCCACUGUCCUCUGGUCCCUGACCUGGACCAGGUUCCAGCCCAGCUCAGCCAAGGAGCAAAAUAUUUGAAAUCUGCAAGCCCACUACUGAGAUUGGUCACGUUGAUGUUGUGUCAUUGAUUCACCAGAAUUUAAGGGCCCUAAUCAACCUGGGCCCAAUGAGGUGUCUGGGUUAAUUUUCUAGGCAACUAGAAGUCCAUCCAGGAAUUUGCUUCCAGCUCUGCUAUGCUCCGAUGAGUGACUUGCCUGCACCAUGAAAAUAGCUCCAAGGGAUUCUUUGAGACCAACAGAUUCAGCUUGCCAUGAACUCACCUGAAAAGUUAUUCUGAUAAUUUUUCUUUCUUUACCCCUACCCUUCCUUCAUAUUUCUCUUAAUUUUUGCUACCUUGAAAUAAUGUGCAUUAAGCAUACUUAAGCAGAGGGUGCAAUAUAUAUAUAUAUUUAUAUAUUAACUAUAUUAUUUAUCAUUGCAUCUAAGGCACUCAAGGCUUGCCUGGGUGAAAUGUUCUCUCUCAGGCUUCAGACGUCAGCAGUUCUGGAGGACAGUAAAUCCGCAGCUAUGAUGAUUAACGAGGCUUUUCUGAAGGGAGAGGGGCUCGCAGAUGAGAAAAUCAAUCUCCUCUCAGGGCUCUUGGAUGCCAAAGUGAAGCCUUCUGAAGACUUAGAGGAGGAGGUAAUUCUUCACACACACACACCAGUCCACUCUCCACCCCUUCCCAGGGUCCCUUGUGCCACCCCAGAGAGAAAGACUGGUUGCUUCUCAGUCAAGAGUGAAGAAGGCUGGGAUAGCCCCGGACAACUUCACUAUAUGUUUAUGAAUUUGCAAGGGGGGUUGCAAAAAAAUAUAUACCGUAUUUUUCCAUGUAUAAGACUAGGUUUUUCCCCCUUAAAAAUAAUGUCAAAAAUCAGGGGGCGUUUUAUACAUGGAUACAUCUCCCCCCAUUUUCUUAAAUCUGAGUCCCCCAAAAUAGGGGGCGUCUUAUAGACGGAAAAAUACGGUAUGUUGCAGCAUGGAGAAAUUCCUGUUCAAGCUUCCAGCUAGCUGUGUCCUUUUCUAGGAUAUUCCAUUCCCCCUUUUCCCCUCCCCAGUUUUCUGUGCCAUCCCCAAAGCAGCAGGUCAGCAUACUACUUUUAAAUGAUCACAAAGUAUUAAAAAGCAAAAGUCACAUACAAAGCCACUAAUAUCUAGCAAAGCUACAAAACAGAAGGUGGGAGACUUAUUGCCCUGCAGUUGCUGUAGUUGAUCUCCAACUCCCAUCAGUAUCCAACAGGUCAGUCAGGGAUGAUGGAGGUUAUAGUUCAACAAUACCUGGCCAUGGCUCCCUGUCCUUGACAUACAACCAGCACAGAAGUUCCCACCUGCCUGCAUAACCCAUCAGAUGUACCCAAUAGCACCUGCUGCUUUGUCGAAUUCUAGGGUUGGAAGGUCCACCAAAGGUCACCUAACCCCCUGGAUGCAACGCUAGAGAAGCAAAUUCAUUAAUGGUCACCUUGCCUUUCUUUGCAAGCAUGAGAGCCUCUUGCUUGACGUGGAUUUUGACGACUCGCUCAGAAGCAAACUGCCCGGAAAGAAGAAGGAAUGUUACUCCCACAUCUUGCCCAGCGGCCAGGAGAUUCUCCCAUCGACAAGGUGAGAGUGGUCCAAGUCACAAGUGGUGGUUGAUGAAAAUGUACUGAAAACAGGUGGAUAGUCAGCCUGGGGCCCUCCAGACGUUGCUGGAUUGCAGACCCCAUCAUCCUUGACCAUUGGGCAUGCUGGCACAAGCUGAUGGGUGUUGGAGUCCAACAGGAACAUCAGGAAGGCACCGUACUGGCUGUAGUUAAAGAACCGAAUUGUGUGUUGCUGCUUGCCUCCAUCGCAACCCUGUCCUGCUCGCUUUCAGCUCAUACAAGGUCUUGCUCUGUGGCAGUGCAACAGAUUCCCCACUUUGCCACUCUGAAACUAUGCACUUUGUACCUUGCUCAGUCUAGAAUCCCAGAACUAGUAGCACGAGGCUGGUGGAGCACUGUGGCAUGCAUCCUGUGGUGCUUUUCUCAAGUGCUUCAGAUGUUGCAUGCAUUAUUAUUGUCAUUAUUUAUUAAAUUCAUAUACUGACCUUCAUUCGAAGAUCACAGGGUGACUAAAAACAUAAAAACACAAAAUAUAUAGCAUAAUAACACAAAACAAUGCCCCCACCCCUCAAAAAAAAAGACAUUUAAAAGGCCAUAGAUUGUUUAAUCAACUAAAGGCCUGGUUGAAGAGUUCACCUGGUGCCCAGAGAUAUGUACUGAAGUCUCCCUGGUCAGCCUCCCUGGAGAGAGCAUUCCACAAACUGGGAGCCACUGUAGAAAAGGCCCUUUCUCAUGUUGCCACCCUCCGGGCCUCUCGUGGAAGAGGCACAUGACGAAGGGCUUCACAAGAUGAUUCCAGUGUCUGGGUUGGUUCAUAUGGAGAGAGGUGGUCCCUGAGGUAUUUUAGUCCUGGGCCACUUAAGGCCUUAUAGGUCAAAACCUGCACUUUGAAUUAGAUUCAGAAACUAAUCGGAAGCCAGUGCAGUGCAGUGUAAACACUUAAGGUUUAGUUUGUUCAGCGAAACUGGCUUUGUGAAGAUGUCCAAACCCAGCCCAGCAGAUUGUGAAACAGUUGCUGUUGCCAUUUUAGCUAUAGUUUGGCAUUAUGCCUUACCACAACUUCCUUGCAUAGCCAUACGUUUGUCCGCGCCAUCUCCAAUGCUCACCAAAUUGCUUGUCUGUGAGACAAGCCAUAGUUCAUUGAACAAAAUGAUUAAAGCAAACCAUGGCUUAGUGUUAUGUGUCAGUGCAUUCAGUGUCUCAGUCAUCUGUACAACAACCUUUGAAAGUAGACCAAUGUUGCAGGUAUUGAGGGCUGGAAGAGAGCAGCUGAGCAAUGGCAACCAAAGGCUAAUGGAAAGCAUGAAGUCGGGAAGAUAAAUCUCCGAAGUCACAUCCACAACAUACAUUUAUAUCUUGUGGCUUCCCAUAGACUCCUAGGAACUGUAAUUUGUCAAUGGUGUUGGAAACUGUAGCUCUGCAAGAGGUGGACUACAAUUCCCAUGAUUCUUUAGAGGGCAACCAUGACUAUAAAAGUAUUGUAAAUGUGCUUUAAAUGUAUGGGUGUGGAUAUGGGUUCAAUUACUACACAGCAUGCACCAAGGCCUGUCAGGAACGUGCCCCCCCCCCCAGCACACUGGGAGAGUCAGCCUUGGAAAUUGAGCUGAGCGAGGAAGAGGCUGGCUGUGGAUGAGAAUUGUUUGUCUGAUUUUAGAGAGAACAGUCUGGGGCCCCUCCUCUCCAGGGAAGAAGUGAUUAGUUCCCAAGGGGAGGAGGAGUUGGAUGUCGGCCAAGGCAUUGCCAGGCAACCAGCAGAUAAGGUGGUGUUAGAGGCUGAGUCUUCUGAGGAAGGGGUAGCUCAGCCCUGUGGUCCCAAAAUGAGGAGAUUAGAGAGACUCUGAGAGCAACGGAAGGGAAGGAGAUGAAAGGCGGGAUUUUGGCGUUCUUCCUGUUGGGGAAGGAACGAUGAGUCAGACUGAGCAACUAGAUUAAUGAGAGCAGGCAGAUUGCCAUGCUCUGAAUGUGUUUUUCUUUCAAAUAAACUUGUAUAAAACUGAUGGACAGUCUUCGCUGUUUUAUCGGGCUGCUCGCUUGGCCAGAGAUCAUUAUAAGGCCUGACCUGACCCUUCUUCCCUUUCCUUAGCUCACAGGCCAGCAGUUACCCCCACACCACCCCCGAAGCAGCAGCAGACAAGCUGGAUGUGCUCAACGAGAAGCUGGUGACACUCCUGCAAGAGGAGGAAGAGUGCAUCUCCAGGAGCGGAGAUGAUGGAGCUUCACUGUUUGAUGAGCUCAAGGCCAUCGGCUUGGAGAAAGACUCUCUGCUGAAGGAAAUAAAAGCCCUGAAAAGGAAAGUGGCAGAAGCCAAAAAGGGGAGGCUGGAAUGAAUCCAUGGAGUCUUAGAAAAGCAAUGGGG